GGCGGGGAGGGUUGUUUGCGGAGCUGGCCGCCCUUCGGGGGACUUUUCCUGCGAGCAAUUUCCAAUCCCGUCACAUCCGCUGCUCGGCGAGGUUUGGGAAGUUACUUGGCAAUUGUUUGCAGGAUAGAAAAAAAGAAAAGAAAAAGAGGAGGAGGAGGAGGAGGAGGAGGAGGCGCGCCUUGGCGGCGGCGGCGGGAGACUUUCUGAAGCGCCGCCUUGGCCAGAAGAAACUUUCCUGACGAGCCCGGGGGUUGUCGAGGUUCGUCGAGGCAGGCAGGCAUGCGAGGAAGGAGCGAAGCCGACCCCGGGAGGGCGAGAUGACGCCGGGGCGUCGAGGCACCACCGUCCCCUCGCCUCUUCGCGGGCUCAGCCAGGAGCCGCGGGCGCGCGGCCGGCCGCUCUCUCCCCCUUAGUCGUUGCCGGGCGCCGGGAUGGGCAGGGCGCUGGCAGCCGGGUGUCUCCUGCUCCUGGUGGCCGCGGCCGCCGGGCGAGGCCGGGCUGCCUUCAGCCUCCCGCUGCGCGUGUCUCCGCCGAGCGCCCCCGACGGCUCGCUCGUCCCGGUGCCUGUGGCGCUGAAGCCGCGGGACGGCAACGGGACCGGCGGCAGCGCGGAGCCGGAGCGAGAGGCGGAGGGCUUGGCCUUGGCUUCCGACCCUAGCGGCGCCGUCAACUUUAUGGCCAUGGUGGACAACCUGCAGGGGGACUCGGGACGCGGCUACUACCUCGAGCUGCUGCUCGGCACCCCGCCGCAGAAGGUACGGGGGGGGGGGGCGAGAGGGACAUGGGUGCCCGGAGGGGGGCGCGCGGGCGGGUAGAAGGCGGAGGCCGCGGGGACGGAUUGAAUGCCCGUCAAGGAGCUCGCUGCAUCAUCUAGGAGCGGGAUUCCCUCUCCCCUCCUCUUGUCUGUGUCGGGGAUUCCGAUUCCUAAAGUAGCUGCCGGAGUUUGAGUCUGGAUACCUUACGACGAAUUGCGCAACAAUACCAUAGGCUGUUGUGAGGAGCUUUGGGAGCUGCAGAAGAACAUUAAAAGAGCCUCUUUGGAUUAGACCAAAGUCCCCCCCUCCCUUAGUCCAGGCAUCUGCCCUCCAGAUAUUUUUGAACUGCAGCGCCCAUACCUGAACAUUGGCUAUGCUAGCUAAGGCGGGUAGAAGUUGGAGGGCUUGAAGAAUGAACUUAUUUCUGUUCCACCACCAUUCCCUUAUAUUGGCUGACCUGCUCUCCUGCUAUGGAAUAAGAGAGGGAUUUUUGUACAGGUUAUGCAUAACUUCAGUAAACUUCUAUCAAGUGCUGCCUCCCCCCCCCCCAUGUCCCUUUUCUUUUCCCCAACAAACAAAUCUUAGAUGCUUUCAUCUUUGCUUGCAGGGAAAGAAAGUACUUUGUACUCCUGAAUAUGUUGGUUUCCUUUUUUGCCUGCAACUUUUCCUGCUCUCAGAAAUUGUGUUUGAGAUUUGGUUAUUGGAACGGAGCGCCAUCCUCCAAAUGCAACAGCACCAUAGAUUUAUGAAUGGAGAACCUGUGGAUGUUCUUGGACUGCAACUCCCACCAUCCCUGACUAUAGGCCACACUGGUUGGGGCUGAUGGGAACUGGAGUCCAACAGUGUCUGUGGGACCACACAUUCCUUAUUCUUGAUAUAAAGGCAUUUCAAUAUUGUGCAAAUAAAUGCAGACCUUUUCCUUAGUUUUCAGGGUAUCCCAUUUGCCUAAGCCGUUCCAUUCACCCAAAGCAUGCCUUGAAAGCCAUAUGUAUUUUCUUGUAUUAUAAGGGUUGCAGAGAAGUGUUAAAAUAUCUGGACUGUAUACCUUAACUGUAGUUUGGAAGAAAAAUUGAAUCGAAACGUCUAAAUUUCUCUUGUGGAAUACCAUGCUUCAAUUAGCAUUAAUAACUAACAAGUACCUGACUUUUAUGAAUGCCAUAAAGCCAAGAAAAACCUGUAUGUAGAUAAGUGACAGAGUAAGAUUGUUCUAUAACUAAAAAGAGGACUAGGCUGACUCACCCCUGCCUCAAGGACUAUUUUUAAGAGUCCCUUUUAAGUUGCAUAUGUAUAAGCAAUUACACUCUGGGUUAAUAACACUUUGGGGCUUUGGAAAACAUUUGGAAAGCUCAGAAAUUGUGGGUACCACAAAAUGCCCAUUUCACAGAAGAAGCAGAAACUGAUAAUUCACAGAACCCAGCCCUCCCUCCAAAAACAGGCAAACAAAUCAAACACAGGCCAGAAAAGCAGCCCAAACCCACAACAAAACAACCCCCCAAAGUGCAAAGAACGUUCAACUAAAAGAAUGAAAUGGUAAAGAUUGUCUUGAUUGGUGCCAAGAAGGGUGCCUCAGGGUUCUGUGUUGUCCAUGUUGUCCAUACUGUGUUGUCAGUAUGUUGGGGACCCCAUUGGUAUGUUUUACACUUUAUUUUUCCUUCAAUAUACUUUGUAUCCCUCUAUCCAUGAGUGUCUGCUUUGAGAGUAGGCUUCUUGGUUUGGGAAGCACUCUUGAGUAUUUCAGUAUAAGCCCAGCAGAAGAACUGAGUGUUCCUUUGUGUAAUUUUACCCAAGUGCUACUCAGAGUAGACACAUUAAAAUUAGUGAGCCUAUGUCGGUCAUGUCCUUUAACUUCAACACUGAGCCAGUAGGACUUGCGUUGAAUGCCAUCCCGUGUUGUGAAAGGAGACUUGGUUGGUAAUAUAAUAAAACUGUAUCGUAUGCUGUUGCCUAAAUGUUGAUCAAAAGUAUCUUUCUGUAGCUCAUUACUGUGGCCAGACUGAUCGUUAUAUUAUGUUCUCUUAGUUACCUCCAUUGGGAGGGGGAAGCUAGAGUUUUACAACUUGGACUCUUGAAGUAUGAGGAGGGCCUCCCCUGUUGACAGUGUGUGUCUGUUUGUCCCUGACAUUCUUUCUCUCUCCUCCCCUAAACAUUUUACACAUCUUAAUCCUAUCUGUAGGCAGAAUAUGGCCAACUCAUAUCCCAUGCUGGUAGGCUGACUUGGAAGGUUUUUUUGAGGCCCAUUUCAGUGAGUAGAACUCUGCACGGAUUUGAAGGCUCUUAACAAAAUCCUUGUUCCUUGAGUCUAGGCCAAUGGGGCAAAAUCCUCACUUUACAUGAUGGUGUCAUUACAUGACAUAAUAUAUGUGUGCUGCCAUAUAAACACUGAGUAUUGUUGCAUUUUGCAGGGCAUUUUAUUCCAUGCAGUGCUUUCCUUGCCACCUUAUUUCCAUUUAUCGAACUAGACUCAUUCUGAACACAAGGGGCACAAAGCAUUUCUCCUAUAUUGGCAAGGGCAGUUUAAACCUUUCUUUCUUGACUUUGAGAAGCUUGCCAUGCCUAGAGUCCAGGAAUCCUUGGUGUAGGAUGCAUGGAGUAAGAUAUCCGUGGCAUCUAAUGCAAAAUGUCUCUUAACAUCUUUACCCCUUUCCCCAAACCCCACAGACCUGUGUGACACAUCAAUGUAAUAUACUAGAUUCAGUGCAUGUUCUGCUUUGACAUUGUAUAAGCACAAGUGGGAGAAGCAACAAAAUACUGCAGUGUGAAGUUCAGGAUGCCAGCCAGCCAUGCCCUGUUUCAGGAUAUUCUGUCCCAUUUCAGCACUCCCUCUUUCCCAUCCUGCCCCAAUAGUCAGCAUUCUGUAACCACUGAGCUGUUUUUUGGUUUCCCCCUUUAGGGUUUUUCCUAAAUGAUUUUUGUUGGCAUGUGUUUGUGCUCAAGCCUGCUGAUUUUACCUUCCCAUUGUGUGUGGAUACUGCAUAAUCCUUGUGUACCGGUAAUUCAAGGAUCCAUAUUUGGAGAAUGUGCUCACUAUUUACUAUAUAGGAUUAAUAUAUAAUGUGGAAGCAUCAGUCAAAGCAGAUUCUCAAAGUAGCUGUUGGAACACGAUGCCAUUUUAAAAUGGUUUCCCUGAUCACUGAAGCAUUGUUUAGUUGCAAGCAUCUAUAUGCCAAAGGGUUAAUGGUGUGAAAGGUGGCGAGACUUGGAAAUGGUUGUGUGUCCACAGUCAGAAGAAACCUGGUUUGCUGCCUACCUAUGAAAACAGAUCGGAAAUAGUAAGGAACUGACAGCUUUGAGCCGAAAUGUGUGUUUGACAACAACAGUUAAGUUAUAAUUCAUCCAAUUAUGAGUAUGGGCUUGUGAGAAUCUUGCCCAGACAGGAAGGACUCCUCUGAGCAUGCCAUAUGUUGCUUUUCUCUGUGCCUUCUGGUGCCACUCAUAUCACUGUAUGAGGAACUGACACGACUGCAAGGGGUGGGGGGAAGAGGCAUACACAGUUUGAACAUGAACAAACAUUGUGCCUUCAGCACUUAAAAUGCCACAAUUGCAGGAAAUUUGGCAGAAUUAUCAGAUUCCUUGGGGAACACCACCAUGGUUUCCCACCAACAAAACCUGAUGGAUCUCAGCCUAAUCCAUUGCCCUAUUAAGGGUGGAAAAAGAUCUCCUAAUAUUUUAAAAUAGCCUCAGGGGCCCUUAUAUUGGAUUGGGGUAGCAGCAUUAAUGGGUGUUUAACCUUUUCUGUGUGCCAUUUUCCUGAUAAAAUUAACCCUUCCUAAAACAGUUACUGUUCCCUGUAACAGGAAAGUACAUAUAUGGUAACACUACCUAUAGUCUCCAUCCUUUUGGUGCUAAUAGCAGCUGGAGGGGUGCAACUGGGGAAGGGUUAAAUCACCCUUUAUAACAUUGGGGGGGUUUGGCAUAAGUCCCAUAUUCUGCAGCUCUCUGAUAUUCUAGUUUUCAUGUCUACACCAGAAAGUAAAACUGGCAGGAAAUUUUUGCUUGUUCUCUGAUAUUUUUUCUUUCAAAGAGCCUGGGAAGUUCUAGGAAGCUUGUGAGUAUUGUUUCUUAGAGCUCUUUUGUACUUUCUUUCUUUCUUUCUUUUCUUUUUUUUACAGAAUUACAGUUGCUAGAGAACUAUUUAUUUAUUUAUUUAUUUAUUUAUGUAACCCCACACCCCACCCCCUGUCCUAUACCGGAGGUCUCAGGGCGGUUCACAGAAUAAAAUCAAAAUAUAACUCCACAAAAUGCAUAAUCAAAAUAAAAAAAAACCCAAUAACACCCCCCAAAACCCCACCACAUUUUAAAAGGGCAUAGGAUGUCAAACAAAUCAACCAAAGUUAAAAAGGAACACUUUUGCCUGGCGCCUAAAGGUGUACAUUCUUUGAACUGGUUUCAAUUUGCAUGCCUUUUACAUUCAGAUCUAGCUGUUCUACCUAAGUAUUCAAGGUUGGGGAAAAUGCUGCAACCAAAUUCAGGCCUGAGAACUGUAACUUAAUUCCAUCCUGUGGUGAACUAACUUACACUUCCUUGUGUGAAGUCAUAUUUCUUUUUGCAAAUACGUUGCUGCCGUAUCAGGGUGUGUGCUGAUACUGUGUAAAUGUAGGACUAACAAAAAAACAGUUUAGAAAGGGAACAAAGUUCACUUUCCACAUUACUGCUUUCAUUUCCUGCACAUUUUGCUAUUCUGGCAAAAGGCAGGCAAAGAAGAAAAUAAGCGAGAACUGUUAUGCAUGGUGAGAUCAAUGCAUUAUUUUAAAAUUAUUCCUUGUUUAUAGGUCCAGGCAAUAUUUUUAGGUAGAAAAAAAGCACAGAAGAAUGGCAUGAAACUGAAAUAUAUUACAGUAUAUAUGAAGAGUGCUGUUGCAUCAGACCAAAGGCCUGUCUAGUCCUGCAGUUCUUUCCAGCGGUGGCCAACCAGAGAUGCUUCUGGGAAUCCCACAAGCAGAGCAUGCUGUGGCUUUCCACAACCUGGAAUAUAGAGGCUUGCAGUCUCUCAUCCUGGAGGUAUCAGGAUUGUCCUCUAUGCAUUUGUUGUGACUUCCCUUAACACUGCCAAGUACUUGUACAGUGGUACCAUGGGUUAAGAACUUAUUUCGUUCUGGAGGUCUGCUCUUAACCUGAAGCACCACUUUAGCUAAUGGGACCUCCUGUUGCUGCCGCGCUGCCGCCACUGCGCAAUUUCUGUUCUCAUCCUGAAGCAAAGUUCUUAACCCGAGGUACUAUUUCUGGGUUAGCGGAGUCUGUAACCUGAAGCAUCUGUAACCCGAGGUACCACUGUAUAUGGCUUUCGCUUCUUUUCCCCUAGAGGACAUUCAUAAGACGUAUAAUUUAUUUAGUGCUUCCUAAGUGUUUGAAAUGUUUCACAUUGUUUCAGUAAUCCUUACAACAACACUGUAAAGUAGAUCGGCACCAAUAUGCUCAUAUUGCAGAUGUGAAGCUGAGGCUGAAAGAUAGGACUUGAAUAAAGCUUCCUAGAUACACACUUGACUGAGGAUACAGUGGUGCCUCGCAAGACGAAAUUAAUCCGUUCCGCAAGAGUCUUCGUCUAGCGGUUUUUUCGUCUUGCGAAGCAAGCCCAUUGACGGAUUAGCGCUAUUAGCGCUAUCAGCUGUUUAGCGGCUAUUAAAGGCUUAAAGGCUUAUGGGAUUAGCUGCUAAAAGGCUAUUAAAGGCUAUUAAAGGCUUAGCAGAUUAGAUAAAGGGGGGGGAAAGCGAAAAAAAAAUCUCUAGACUCGCAAGGUAUUUUCGUCUUGCGAAGCAAGCCCAUAGGGGAAUUCGUCCUGCGAAGCAACUUCAAAACGGAAAACCCUUUCGUCUAGCGGUUUUUCCGUCUUGCGAGGCAUUCGUCUUGCGGGGCACCACUGUAAUCUCCAAUGUGGUUAACUUCUGAGUAGCUAUUUGGACUAUAACCUAUAAAAUAAAGCUCUGAUCUUUACUUGCAUAUCUCUAAAAAUAUUGUUUUCGCUGGCUGGUAAGAGACAGGGCAACUUGCCUCCUUUCUCAAAUGCACCCAUCUUUCUUGGUGGGUUAAAUACUUGAUCAUCAUUCCACAUAAAGGAAAGUUUUAUCAAAAAUGUAACUUGAUGUUAAACACAAUCUAAGCUUCAAAUAUCAAUCCUUUAAAGCAGUGAGUUUUCUCUGCAAGUGCACAUGAGUUCAUUGCUGAGAAAAGUUUUCAACAGUAUCAUGGGAUCUCAUGUGAUUAAGGGAUGCAUUAUUAGGCAGGAUGACUAGUCAGAUGAUAAGGCUAAACUGUGUAAUCCCGAAUGUUCUCCAGGAUUCUGAAGCCUGUUGGAAUAAAUGGGAGUUUGUACUGAAGAAGCCUUUUGUGGAAUGGAGCUUUUUAUUUUUUCUUGAAAGCCUUUUAUUUUACAAAGAACUGUAAUAGUCCCUUGCAAUAUGCAGUUCCUAACUGUAGGACAGUACCUAUAUAAACUGCAGGAGGGGGGGUGACCAGUGGGGAGGAUAAAGAAGCUCCACUUAUCUGUUGUUUAGUUGUGUCCUACUCUUCGUGACCCCAUGGACCAGAGCACGCCAGGCACUCCUGUCUUCCACUGCCUCCCGCAGUUUGGUCAAACUCAUGUUAGUAACUUCGAGAACACUGUCCAGCCAUCUCAUCCUCUGUCGUCUCCUUCUCCUUGUGCCCUCCAUCUUUCCCAGCAUCAGGGUCUUUUCCAGGGAGUCUUCUCCUCUCAUGAGGUGGCCAAAGUAUUGGAGUCUCAGUUUCAGGAUCUGUCCUUUCAGUGAGCACUCAGGGCUGAUUUCCUUCAGAAUGGGUAGGUUUGAUCUUCUUGUAGUCCAUGGGACUCUCAAGAGUUUGUUUUUUUUACCCUUAAUGUACAUUCCUUAUUAAUUAUUGUUACAGCACCACUGUCCUCCAGAAUUGGCAACAAAAUAUUUGCAUUCAUGGGAAAUAGGAUUAACCUUGCUUAGCAUUGGUGGUACUGAAUUGAUGCUUAAAGUUAAAGGGACCCCUGACCAUUAGGUCCAGUCGGGGACGGCUCUGGGGUUGUGGCGUUCAUCUCGCUUUAUUGGCCGAGGGAGCCGGCGUACAGCUUCCGGGUCAUGUGGCCAGCAUGACUCAGCCCUUUCUGGCAAACCAGAGCAGCGCACAGAAACGCCGUUUACCUUCCUGCCAGAGUGGUACCUAUUUAUCUACUUGCAUUUUGACAUGCUUUCAAACUGCUAGGUUGGCAGGAGCAGGGACCGAGCAACGGGAGCUCACCCCGUCGUGGGGAUUCGAACCGCUGACCUUCUGAUUGGUAAGCCCUAGGCUCUGUAGUUUAGACCACAGUGCCACCCGCAUCCCUCGAAUUGAUGCUUAGGGCUACUGUUAUUUCAGUCUGCUAUCCAUGCACCUUUUGUGCAAGCUGCCUCCAUGUGAUUUCCCCCCAAAUCCUUUCUUCCAGAGCAGCACCGUGCCCCAAUUUUCAGACUUUAUUUAAGGGAGAUGCUUUGUGGGGAGAGGGGGCAGGGAAUUCUCCUUCCUCUUGCUCCCAUAGUUUAGUAUUCUGAAGCCAUGCGCUGAAUCUUAUGGUAUGUUAAAAGAACGAGGUGGUGAUCUACUUUGAAUGCUUCCAAAUAGUUAGAGAAUCCGCCCAGCAGUCAUCAUGCCUGUAACAUUCUUCCCACAUCAAUCUUCAUGCAUUCAGAGCACAAAUGUGGGCAUGAAAUAAUAGCAGAUUUUGUUCUUUCUUCCAUUCCAGGAACUUUCACGAGCGUAAACUUGAACACUGGCUUUGGCUCUUUAAUGUUGGAAAAUAAAAUAGAAAGAACUGGUCCAUGUGUUUCCAACACACCCUUUUUUUCUUAUCCUCCAUCAACCUCUACCCCGCUGAACUCACUCACAAAUUCUACCUAUAGUACUAAGAUAUUCCCAAAUGUUAGCCUUUUCUUUUUUCUUCUUCUUUUUUUUAAAAAAGAUGAAAUUUCAAUUAUUCACUAAGUUACUGUCAAACAAAAUAAGAGUGAAAUAAUCAAAAGAUCCUUGUAUUAAAAUGGCUUUGUCAAGAUGAUGGUUUAAAAAUAAUGGGUUAUCUUUGUGAUAACAAAUGUGAUAAACAUUUGAUUUCCCUUGGGAUGAGGGGUGGCAUUUAAAUUCAGUAAAGAAAGAUCAGCAUUUCAAAGAAUUAUAUCUUGGCCUUUUGUUUGUUCACAAAGACUUUGACAAGUGAAAUAGCUUGUUGGCGAUACACAGCAAAAUUAUAUAGCAGCAGCAGAAACUAAAAAAGUGCUAUAUAUAAAACAAGUAUUGAAUAUUGCCAAAAGGGGUUGUGCUUUUAGAAUUACAUUGAGCAUAGACUUCUUACAUAGCAUAUAAAGUGCAUCAAAUAUAAUGUGUAGUUUUGAAUUUAUGAUGUUUUGGUUUCAUUAGUAUACUUUAUUCUACCGUCGUAUUGAAUCAGUGCUAUAGUUAGUUGUAGUAGUUCAGGGAUGGAAUAAAUAUUAGCUUUGGCCAUAGUGGUGUGUCUGUAUUUGCCAAGUGAUUACAAACAUGGCAUGAUGCAAGCAUCCUUUUAUGCAAAACUUUUCACAUGGUUGUAUUUAACUUACAUUUGACACAUACUCAUUGUUUACUAAUGUGGAUUGGUUACGCUUUGAUACUGUUUUCCUGCCCAUUUUUUAUAAGGUUUAGAGUGUUAACAGGUUACAAGAGUGCAUUUUCAGCUCUUUGAACGAUCACUUACUGGUGAAAAUCUUUGUUCUGAUUUGUGGUAGGCUGCUGUUCAUCAUUCUGACAUAAUAGAAGGAAUAGAAGUUUGACUCUCUAACACCAGCUGUAAAGAGUCUGUUGUACUUCAGAUUCUGAUGUGCCAAACAAAUGCAAAGGACUGCUUUGUUAAACCUGUUCUACAAGGUAACUUGAAUCCAUCAGGAUCUACUGUGCUUGAAAGGCCAACUUUUUAACAGUCUGUAAUACUGCUGGAGUCUGUUGGGUGGCCUUGGCACAGAAGGAAGUGGCUUGAUUCAUAGCAUGGAUUUCAUUCAUCUUGAAAGAAGCUGAGAUUUUCACUAAUGUGUGUAUCUAAUAUAUGCAUUUUUGUGUGUGGUGCUUGGCUGGUGAACUACAUUGCACAAUGUAGUGAAUGUGUGAAUGUCAAAGGAUGGCAAUGUUUUGGUUCAUGUAAAUUGUUUAGGAAUGUAUGAAUUUGGUAGGUUUCUCUUUAAAUGAGAACUGAAUGAAAUCCCGCCCCCUUCCUACUUGUCACCUGUGGUGGUGAAGUGUAAAGUUUUGUUUCAGAUCCCAUUUAUGUUUUUCUUCCUUAAAUAAAAUGUUUACAUUGCAAAUAUAACAGGAAAAGCAUCUACUUGCAUUUUUAUUAGCUGUCCAUAUGUCAAAGUUGGUAGCCACCGGGGCGUGUUAAUUAUAAGAUAGAUAUUCAGGCGUGGAAAGGGCAAUAAUAAGGUGAGUAAUGGAUGGUGGAUAUUUGUGUAACCUAACAUUGUACAAGUGUAACUGGUACAAUCUGCCCCCACCCCCACCAUGGAUUACUCUGUGCCUGUCUUAUCAAAUUUUGCUUGCAGUUUCAGCACUGUUUUGAACAAUUUGUGUGAUAUUAAAUAAACAUUCUACAUGCAUGACUCCACUUUCCUAGUCAUUAGUUAAUGUGUGCUUUAAAAAGCAGCAGUUGGUCAGUUCAGACCCAGGAGGAUUUCCAGUUCCUGUCCCUUUAAUGUUGACACUUAAAAAGCUGUAUCAGGUUUCCUGUCUUUUAGCAAGUUGUUGAUACAUGAAUAUUCUCUCUUGUAGCUUUUUCAAUAAAUAUGUGGGGUGUGUCUUUGUAAAAUGUUCCAGAUACAGGUUGGGUUGCCUCUCUUCUGGUUUCUUUUUGUCAAACGAAAAACAAAAAACCGCCGUUAGAUUAAUUAGCAGUUUCUGCUAAUGAAUAGAAGCAGGAAAUUGGUUUGGAAAGUCUACUUUUAUGAAUCCAUCAUGGGUAUUUCAUGCUAUUGGAUUUGCUUUCCUGAGCCACAGUGGAGCAGUAGGCACUGAAGAAACAUAUGAAUAUGAUUCGCAAUUAAAUCUCCCAACCAAGUCUCCAUAAUUUAUGCUCACUUUGGUGAAAAUGCCACAACCCUCUGGUGAACAUGGAUCAUCCCAGACUUUAACUCUUGAACUGGAGAUGAGGCAGGGAUCAUGCCUGAAAUUGUGUGGCAAUCCCCACCACCUCCCCAGUUCCUGUUGGGGACUGGUUUGGCCACUGCAUUGCCAACUAUGCUAUAUACCAGGGGUCGGCAAGGCUUACCAGGCAUGGGCCAGAUCACUCCCGCGGAGAUCCUCCAUGGGCCGGACCGGCACAGCACGACACCAGAAAUCACAUCUGUGCAUGUCCACGGUGCCGGAAAUCACUUCUGCGCAUGCCCAGAUGCUGGAAAUUGUGCCUGGCAGACAUGAUUUCCGGCAUCUGGGCAUGUGCAGAAGAAGAAGAGUUUGGAUUUGAUAUCCCGCUUUAUCACUACCCGAAGGCGUCUCAAAGUGGCUCACAAUCUCCUUUCCCUUCCUCCCCCACAACAAACACUCUGUGAUGUGAGUGGGGCUGAGAGACUUCAGAGAAGUGUGCUAGCCCAAGGUCACCCAGCAGCUGCAUGUGGAGGAGCGGAGAUGCGAACCGGGUUCCCCAGAUUACGAAUCUACUGCUCUUAACCACUACACCACACUGGCUCUCACACCACACUGGCUCUCCAGUCCCCAUGCCAUGCUGCACCAGUUUAGCGCAACGCCUGGGGACUCGCCGAGCGGGCGGCUCAUGGACUGGUUAAAUGGCCUCCAUAGGCUGCUUCUGGCCCAUGGGCCUUAGGUUGCCAGCCCCAGCUAUAUGCACUGCCUCAACAGCAUGGCACCAAACUUGUAAGCCCCUGCCGCCCUCUCCAGUUCAGAGCUGGGGAAGGGAGACAAGGCACUGUUUUGAAUUUCCAUGUAGACACACAGCACAAGGUUAGGGACAAAGAAAAGGGCAGGAUUCUGGUGAUUGUGGGUUGUUUUUUAACUACCAAGACUCACUGUGGACCUCUGCUCCCAGUCUUCUCCCUUUUACUUAAAAGCAGCUGAUCCACAUUAAAUCAGAUCAGUGGCACCAGGAGAAGGUGGGGGUCUUAGCCUUCUGCCCUAAUGGUUCAUUGUUCUAAAUCCCCCCACCCUGUGCCAUUAACCCUGUAGCAGAAAACAAUAUGGGCACACUUCUGGAGGACUAAUAGCUUUGGGGUUGCAAUUUAGAGGUGGGAAGUAGCAUGAGGUGAUUGAACACCCUCUUCCAGCCUUGCAGCUCUGAUUAGUUUCACAGUGGCCCUCAGCUGCUUUUUGGUUAAAGUGAACUCAUCAGGAGAUUCAAUCACAGAUUGCCUGCAUCUUAUUGGUUAGGCCUUGGGACUCCAGUCCUAAACUUACUUUCCUGGAAAUAAGUCCAUUGGAAACCAGUGAUGAUUACUUAGAGGUAAACAUUGUUAGAUAAAUGUCAGUCCAAUUAGGAAAUAACCUAUUAUUAACUCCUGUCUCUUUCAAAACCAGAUGAGUAAUGCAGUUUGUUAAAUGCAGCUCUUAAAAGUAAUGUAAGUAUUCCUUGCAAGUAAAUGUGGAUAGAAAUUUCAGAGCACAAGAAAUCAUUGUGAGAUGAGCCAGCCUUACUCCACAGUCAGACUCUCAUCUGGUCCUUUAAGUGGAAAAACAAUCAUGUUGUUAUGUUCCUUCAAUGCCUACUGAUCCAUUGCGGCUCUGAGAAGAACCUCUAAUGGAUUGAAGUGCCCAUGAUGGUUUCGUAAAGGUUAACUGAACAAAUUCUUGUACUUGGAAAUAUCUCUGGGUGCAUUAGAGGGAGAGGGAAGCAGCUAGCAGGUAAAGCCAUAAUGUGCCCAAUCAAGACAGCAUUAGUAGAGAUUUCUUGCUACCUGGAUUUUGCUUUUGCUUCUUCUCGAAUCAGGGUGCAUAAAUGUGUUUUUCUGCUUAAUGGGAUAUCUGAAGUGCAGUGAAACAACUUUGCAGAUAAAGCUGAGGCUGGGACCAUGUCCCAUUUCAGUUGAUGGGGCUUGCUUCUGAGAGAACACAUCUAGGCUCGCACUCUAAAAUUCUUUAAAAUAAAGCACAGGGCAGUUUACCAGAAAUGUUCUGACUUUCUGCCACCCACUCCCAUGUAGCUGGCAGGAAAGGUGCAAGUUAAUUUACUACCUGCCAUUUUGAGUACAGAAAGACAAUGUGUUCAGAAUAAAAGUCACCAGAACAAACAGGUGUAGAGCAGCAUGGGUAAGCUCCAGUAGCUGCUGGUACAUUUUAAGGGACAGUAGAAGGUGCUGGUGAAUUACCUGUUCCACCUGUGUGCAGUAUACCCCAGGAUACACAUUUCUCUCCUGAAAUACUCCGCUUAUUGAAAUGUGAUGGAUACAUUCCUGAUACGGAUUCCCUUUAUGAGUGGAAAUGACCAGUUUAAGAAUAGUGGCUUAACUGUGGCCUGCUUUGUUUAAAGAAGCCUGCUGGAGCCUGAGAGCCAGAAUGCACCAGGAAUUCCAUUGUACUGAUAGAUUUAUUUAUUUUUUAAUAAAUUCACCUGGGGGGAGCUAAUUUGACUGGGAAGCAAUAUAUGAUGGGACACCUUUCCCCAUGCUAUUUUACUGAUAUAUAUCCCCAAACAUAGAGCAAACAACAAAUCUGGUGAUGUUCCAGUCAGGACAGUGAUGUGGGAGCAAAGAGUUAAAUGUGCCUAACCCCCACAACCACUUCUCUGCUCAAGUUAGCCGCCCUGCCUCAGUGGCUGCAUUUAAAAGAAGAAAAUGGACUUUGGCUCUGACAUUACUCUCAAUAUUAUUUUUUUAAAUUCAUUUUUAUGUAAUCAGUCUACUCAGAUCUUGAUAUCUUUUACUGAGGGCAUUCUUCCUGCCACCAUCAGAGAUAAAGGGGUGACCAGAGAAAGGGCUUUUGCAAAAAUUACAACUGCACCAUGCAGAUAGCAUAAUAAUUGGACCAAGUUUAACUAUUUUAUUUUGUGGGCUUCCUUGUAAAGGGUUGGUGGAAUAUUAAUCAUACCAACAAAUACUCUCCUUUUGUGCAGUUUUUCAUUUAGCCCACACUGGACUUUCAAGAACAGGUUCUUCCCACACUUUAGUUAACUUGAAAGAAACUGGAAGAUCAAAAGCUAUAUUCUGAUUUCAUUAAAACGAGGCUGCCACUGCUUCACAUACUCUGAUCUCACAUAAUAAACAAAAUUAUGCUCACUAAUUCUGUGUUUCCCCAAAAGCCAAUAUGAUUACUAUGAAGUGAAAGACUCGCAUCUAUGAACUCUAUGCCAGUAAUAACAUGCAGUAACUUUGGGGAAACGAGACACAUUAUAGCAGUUAGAGUGCUUUAGCAGUCUUCUGUUAUGGUUGCAAGCAGUUCUUCCAGAUGGGUUGAUAAUGUAAUUAGAGAAUGUUGUGUUAAAUGAGCCAGUGUUUUUAAAUUGGCUGCUAAUUUUCCCACCUAUUAACCAGCUUUUUUCCCUUUGCAGAAAUCACUGCAUUAGAAUGACUUCUGGUGGCUGCUCAUUAACUACAGAAUCUUAAGAACCCUCUGCUCUGUCACCAGAAAAUAAGCAUUCAGAAAGACAUACUGUGUGUCAGUCUGGCUGACAUUUCUUUAUGUUAGAGAGACAAAAGUACCUUUUACUGCUUAGUUAAUUUAUGGAAUUCUUCGCCAGAAAAUGGGUGAUGACCACUGGCUUAGAUCUUUAGAAGGAGGUUGAGGAAGAAAGGCCUAAACGACAGCUAUUACUCAUAUGACAUCCAUUGGCUAAGACCUCUUGUGUUGAGGUUUGCUGUAUGCAAUAGCCUACAGCUUAUUAUGGAAUGAGCUUUCAUAAGCCAAGGUCUUAUCAGAUGCAUGAAGUGUUAUCCUGACACACAAGGUUUGGACAGAGAAGGGAUUGUAAAAAGUUGGAAUGGAAAAUGGAAUGAUGUUUCUAGAACUUGGGUAAGACUGCAGCCCUAACCCCAUGUACUUGGGAGCAUAUCUCAUUGAAUUCAGUAGGAUUUAUAUCUGAGUAGACAUGGUUAGGAUUUCAGCCUUGAGUCAUCUUGGGUUGAUGACAUCUUGGGUUGACUAAGGGUGCAGUAGUGAUUAGAUGUACCAGGAACUCCUGGGAACGUAAGCAGAAACAGUAUGAUUCCUUACCUUCUACCUUAAACAAAAAUUAACACUUUCAUAUUGUAGAUCGAAAAUUAACCAUACAAUCAUAGAACUGUAGAGUUGAAAGGGACCUCAAGGGUCAUCUAGUGCAACUGCCUGCAAUACAGGAUGAGUAACCUGUUUUCUGGAAUUCUUGGUGCACCAGUAAAGAAUUUUUGAUUGCCCCAACUUUCAGUGCAAUCCCAUGUAUGUUUACUCAAAAUUAAUCCUACUAUGCUUAGUGAGACCUAACUUACAGGUAAGUGAGCAACUUUUGGAUGAAACCAUUUAAUUGUAGGACUUCAAGUAGAGGCAGGACUGGAUUUCCAGCUUGGGGUUUCCUGUAUCACAUGGGGGGGGGGUUUGAUGGGAUUGCCUACAAGGCCACCUCCAGCUCUUUGUUUCUAGGACUAUGGCCUUGGGCUGUGCAAACAUUACUAUUUGCUCUGUUUCCAGUGGUGUAUGAAGUUGUGUGGACAUUAGACAGAGCUGCCCUAUAGUUUCUUCAGAAAUACAGUCAUACCUCAUGUUAUGUUUGCUUCAUGUUACCUUUUUUUCAGGUUACAUCCCGUGGCGAGCCGGAAGUACCGGAAAGGGUUACUUCCGAAUUUCACUGCUCGCGCAUGUGCAGUAGCGCUAAAUCAUGCUUCACGCAUCUGCGCAGAUACGGCGCUUCAGGUUGCGGGCUUUUCAGGUUGCGAAUGGGCCUCCGGAACGGAUCCCGUUCACAACCAGUGGUACCACUGUACUGCUGUUUGAUGUGCUUCCUCUCAAACCAACUCUCAUUCCAAAAGGAAAAACUUAGCCACAUUCACUUUAUAAACUGUCAUCUGGCAUGUGGAGACGACACAUGAAUAGAAAUGUGUUGGGGGGGAAGCACAAUUGUGGGGGGGAUCAAAAGGGUCGUGUGUAUCAGGUGAGGACAUCCCUGCCCUGCCUCUGGUGUGUACAACACUGUGGAAAUGUGACUACUUGUAAUACAGUGAGGGAAUCAACUUUGCUGCAUUUUAAACCGCUAAUGUGUAUGUAGCCUUAGUCACACAACUGCUGUUUCCAGGCUGAGGGGGUUGCCCUUUUACUGCUGAAAAUGCACCUGGACUCUAUGUUGUCAGACAGUCCUUCAGUUGCUCUCACCAUGUCUCCCUUCAUGGCAAGGCUAACAAUGGGACUGUAAAAACUGACCUUGCGGAAGAGAUAGUUCUUCUAUAAAUCUGUAACAACGGGAUUUGCUUUUUGGUUUGUUUUUCUUGUCAUAGAUAGCGAAGGAAUUUGUAUGGCUGUAUUUUAUGAAUUCUGUUUUAUGGUAAAAGCAUGCAUUUUAAGUGAUUUUCUUUUAAUGCACAAUUUUAAAAAUGCUUUUUCUCUCUGGGUGAAAGCGUGUAUGGUCAUGUGUUAUUUUCUUGUUUCUGUCUUUAAUAAGACUAAUACAAACCCUAAUGAUAAGGGAUAGAUAUUCCAAAUUUAUUUUAUUUUAUUUAAAUCAAGUUGAACAUGUUAUCUGGCUACUUGAGGUGACUAUGGAAAAGUACAAUUUAGUGAGGCAUUGCUGGAGGAAGCUGGCUGAUGGUUUCACGUGGUAAGGAUGGUUAUUAUCCUUGGUUAAAUGAGGCAUUGACUAAUUGACAAUGCUUCUUGAUAACAAGUUUUUGUUUGGGUAGAUAUCUACUCACUCUUUAAGAAAACAUCAUUAUGCAAAGAUAACCCAGCCAGCCUUAGACCAACACUCGGCUUUCCCUUUUUAAGGAAGGUAACUGUGUAGGUGUGUGUGUUAGCACAGCAAUAACUUACUGUAUUUGACUAAGACGGGUGCAUGGAAAAAUCAGAUAUUAAUCUACCUCACCUAGUUUGAAAUUUUAAGAAGUAUAUGUUAAAACCACUGCAUUUAUUUUAAUGUGUUGAAUUAUCAGUUUCUACUAUUAAAGUACAGCUGGAUUCUUCUGGGUUGUAUUGAAAUGUCAUUACUGCUUGUUAGAUUUUAUAUUUAUAAAACUUUAACAGCAAGAUUUAAGAAUAUAGUUCUUAUCUUUUCUCAGUGUAAGUGCUAUUUGGGCAUUCAAAAACAAGAGAGGGGAGUGUGAUCCUGCUUAUUUAGCCUGUUAUCGUGCUUUGUGUCGAUCCCUAUCCAAGGCUGUCUACAAACUGAAUCAUUUCAACAUCAAGGAAGCCUGCUUGAAUGCACAUACAAUGUUCCCAUGAACUGGUGGGAUGGUGGGAGCAGGAAUGUGUGUGUUUGCCCUGCACUGUCGCCCACCUCAUGCCCCGGCAAUUAUUGUUGUGAAGUUUUGACUGCCUAAAUAGGGUUCUGAUGUGCUAGCAACAGUGAAUUUGGACUCUGGACUGUUCAUUUAUUCAUCUUAUUUCUAUGCUGCUUUUACACACACACACACACACACACACCAUGCUCAAAGUGGCUUACAACAAAGAAGCAGGGAUGCAUUUCAAACAAACAAUACAGAAACAAUUUCACAGUAACACAGCAAAACAAUAGCAAAUAUAACAACAUACAAAAACCCACAUUCCAAUACUAUAAAUAUAACAGUAUUACUUAAACAACAUGCGAAAUAAGAAAAAUAAAAAGGGAGCAUCACAAUUUGAUCUUUGUCCUAGAAAAACCCCUCCCAUGAUGUUGCUAUGACACGGUUGACAUCUUGAAGAACUUGUAGCAUCACUUAUCCAAAGCAGGCCAGAAUUGUGCCUCCCAACGCCAUGUAAAUAUCUUUUUUUCUUUGCGGCCUCUUCAAAAUGUAUACAAUAUCUAGAGUGUUGAUCUCUGUAUUUUUAUAUAACAUUCAUGCAAUGUCUGGCUUCUUGAAAGGUUAUGAAUUCAGUCUCACACUUAGACGCACACACAUACACCUACUGCAAUAAUUUCCCCAGAUCCUAAGUAAUCAAGGCUGGUAGGCAAUGUUAGUAAUAUAUCCUCUUUAAAAGAAAAAAGAAAAAGCGACAAACCUUUCUCUGCAAACCAGGAAGAAUUGCCAUAGGCCAUGAGCUUAACUAGCGUCAUUGUAUGGACUACAAUAAGUCAGUGUUUGCCUCAGCUGCCUAUAACUAGUUAUCCCAGAUUCUUAAAGAUAUGGAAUGUUAGAAUGAAUGGCAAUUAGUCAUGUGAAUUUUAGUCAUACUAGAGUGGGCUGCAUCUUUAAUAUUCUACAGUAUGAUGUUUGUGUUAUGUGGAGAACAUUCUUUGGAGAAGUAGACACGAUUAAUACUGUACUGCACACUAAGAUGGGCAGUCAAAUUCUCUUUAAAAGAAGUAUCUUUGAAUUCUGUAGGGUGGUAGUUCAAAAACAUUCUUUACAGUUCUGGUAAUUUACUAACCCUGGUUUUUGUAGAACUAUUUGUAGUUAGGAAGUGAGAAUCCCUGUAGCUUUCAUUUUGUUUCUUAAAAUGCCUCUGUCUCUCUCAAAGGUUGGGGUACUCCAUAAUAGCCAAGUAUUUUCUCUGUGAUUGCGUUUUAUUAGCCUUAACACUAGUAAAAUACAUUCUUCCUAAUCUCAUUGAGUUCUUAGUUCCAUUCCUAUACCCAUAACUUGUUUUGAUUACUGACAGUUCAAGCUGGAAUGGGGAAAACUGGUCCUCCUGAUGUUGUUGUAUUCCAGGUCUCUUCAGCCCCAGCCAACCUGGCUUGUGGUCAGGGAUGAGGGGAGCUGCAACAUCUGGAGGGCCACAGAUUCACCAUCCAUGAACUAAAGGGGAUGAAUUAAAAUUAAAGCUGGCUUCUACAGUGAAAUAUGAAGAACAAUGAUCAAAGUUAGAAAGCAUAAUCACUUACAUUAGGCCUGGAGGUGUGUCCCGUGGGUAAUGGAAACUGGAAUCCAACAUCUGCAGGGUUUCAGGUUCUUCACUCCUGAGCUGCAUCAUGCUCUUUGGUCCAAAAAUGGUCCUGCGGGUAUCAUUCCAGCAAGGAAAGGAAAGGUGAUACACUGUACAUGUCUUUUUCAGGUACCUGCUCAUUGAAAAGCUAGCAGGAUGACUCUUUGAAAGGUUGCCAGCAAAGGUCUUGAAAACAGCAGCAAGCUAUUGGCAAAGAUUAGGAUCCUCUUAAAAAAUAUUUCUAAUUUUCAGAUUAAAUGAAAAUCAUUGCUCCACUUCUCCUGCUUCCUUCAACUUCCUGCUUAUUUCCCUACACUUUCUUUCUCUAACCUGUACUUCAGCCUCAAAUCUCUCAUGUUGCUACUUCAGAAAAGAUUAGUUUUCUCAAUACCAGCUCAUGGCCACUUCAUUCCUGUUUUUAUAAAUAAACUGCAAAUGGAUAUAUGUACAAAACUAAAAUAGAUACAUGAGAAAAGAUGUGUCAUGGUGGGAUCCUAGGCAUCUGUGUAUAGAUCUGAGGGGACUGACAUUACAGAAUCAUGCUUUAAAAGUCUUAACACUAUCAGUUUUUAAAGAUCUGAGAAUACUUUCACUACACAAAAAAAGUUAUCAAAACAUAAUGUUGAAAAAAUAAUAAUCAUGGUUUUGAUUUACAUAGUUAGAGCUUGAGUAGGGAAGCAGGCUAAAAUUAUGUCCAGGUUUUUCUAUAUAUUGUAAUUGACAUGAAUAAUUAUUUUUCUUUUAUGCAGCUAAAUAUUUUGGUUGACACUGGAAGUAGCAAUUUUGCUGUUGCAGGAGUACCAAAUGCAGAUCUGACCUCCUACUUCAACACAAAAGUGUAAGUGUAUUGCUCUCCAUCUUGACAAUAUUUCUAUUGACAAAAAAGUACUCCAAAAAUAACGCUGGAAAAAAACAUAGUUUUGAAUUACGUGAUUAGUUCUCAGGUAGGAACACAGAUAAAAUGUUUUCCUUGUUUUACCGUAGUUAAUGUGGAGGGCUGCAUCUCCAUAUUUGCAGAGCUGUAUCCUUGUGCGGUUUCACACACACACGCCCUAAUGAUGUAUUAUGUGUGUCAGAACCUCAUAAGUGGCUCACAUGUCCAACAUUGCCCUCCCUUUCGGCAAAAAGAUAUUUGCAUCUAAAGGAACUAUGUCACUGACUGAGCAACAAGUGUGUCCGUGCUGCCAAAUGUUAUUGGAAUAUCACAAUAUACUUCUGCUGUAAUGUAUUGAUCAGCCUUUUGAAAUCAGAUGAUAAGAGUGCAAUGGAGUUCAUGUCAGUUUUAUCACUGAGCUGCUUAGUGCCAUAACUGUUGCUGCAUUGAGCCAGUCGGGUUUCCAUUAAGCAGGGUCUGUUGAUGUGGCAGAAUUAAAGACCUGGAGUUGUAUUCAACAUAGCACUAAGGAGACUGUUCUGUCAGUGCAAACGUUUCUGCUCGUCCAAUGGAACAAUCUCCCACUCUCCCCCAUGCACUGUUCUGAAUGUUCUCCUGACCCUCAAGAGCCCAUUUGGAGUAGAUGUGAAGGGGAAGAUGGGGGUGAAUAAUUACACGGGGUGAAUAAUUACACAGGCUUCUGCUAGUGCAAUGAUUUUGUUGAAUACAGCCAUGUACUGUAUUUUUAUUUUUCACACACACAUACAUAUAGAUAUAAAAUAAUAGUGUGCCAAUAGUUGCUCUGUAGUUUAUACAUACUAUUUACUAGGCACAUGUAUGUAUUUAAUAAGCUUAAAGAAAGAUACAGACAGGUUGUAAAAUUGCAGUAUGAAAUUGCUAUUACAACAAUGAAUGAAUAUUUCAAUGGAUUAUAGCUGGUUGAAAAGUCCCAGAGCAACUGUUAUUUUUGCAUUGAUUUUUGAAGCUCAAGGGAGCUAUUGGUGGUAUAAUUGAAAUUAUAGUAACUAAUGCCUAGACAAAGGUCUAAUUUUUGUCAAAGGAAAUCCUGAAAUACAUUAGAGCAAAAAUACAUUAAUGCAAAACAUGUUAAAAUUGCAGUGCCGCUAUGUUCUGCACUAAUGCAAGUAGUAUUGAGAAAAAAAUUAUCCCAUAGAUGGAGUGUUGGCUGUCUUCUUCUGUUUUUAGACUAGCGUCUAAUAGACUUCUCAGACCAUCUAGCAGUUGGGCAUCCUUAUAUUGCUAAAGUAUAUCUAAUACACAUUUGAUUCCAUAAUCAUAUGUAGGAAAUGGAGGCCAUAUAUGACAUUUUCUGCAAAGAGAUAUUUUAGAAGAAAAUGAAUAUAGUUUAUAUCUGAAAUAAGUGUUUCAUUUUGUCAUAAGCUCAUACUUGAAAUCAAGCAUUAGUCUCUCUUGUCUUUUUAGUAGAUCAAAAUAUUACUCAUUCAUUCAUUCAAUUUAUAAACCGCCCUUCAUCUGAAGAUCACAGGGUGGUUUUAUACUGUAAACACAAAAACGUACACUACAUUUAAGUGGAAAGUUGAAAUGGGGAGGAAUUGCUCUGGUUGAUGUGACAUUUUGGAAUAUGUGGAGGGAAAGGUGCAAUUUUUUUGAGUUUUCAUGAUUUAUACAUCAUUCACUUUUUCAUGUUGCAGAAUUUGGAUGAAGCCCAUGGUUUCUCUUCAAAUCAUAUAAAUAUUUCACGUAAGAUGAUAAUUUGUAGCAUGUAGCACAAUACAGCAUUGCUUUGUAAGUUUUCAGUGCCCCUUUCUUCCUUUCUUAGAUCAAGCACAUAUAAGUUACUGGGCACUGUGGUCUCUGUUAAAUAUACCCAAGGAAGCUGGAUAGGGACUCUCGGCACAGAUGUUGUUACCAUCCCUAAAGGAAUCAACGGCACUUUUACCAUCAACAUUGUAACCAUCUCUGAGUCAGAGAAUUUCUUUUUGAAAGGUGUUCAAUGGCAUGGGAUCCUUGGACUUGCCUAUGAUGCCUUGGCUAAGGUAAUUUGAGUGCUUACCUACCGACUCGUACAUUAAGAGCAUAUGGUGAUCCUACUAGGCUACCAUCCCAUUCUCACAAUGGCCAGCCAGGUACCUGGGGGAAGCCUGGAAGCAGGGCAUGGUUGCAGCAGCAGCACUGCCCACCUAUGAAUCCCAGCAACUGCCUCUGGACACUGGAGGGAGUACAUACCAUCAGGGCAAGCAGCCUUGUCCUCUAUGAAUUUAUCUAAUCUUGUUUUAAAGACAUCCAAGUUGCUGGAAGACAAAUGAAACCCCCCAAAGUUCCUUAUAAUAGUCACCGCAUAUAUAGUGGUACCUCGGAAAUUGAAUGGAAUCCAUUCUGGAAGUCCAUUUGACUUCUGAAACAUUCAGAAACCAAGGCACAGCUUCCGAUUGGCUGCAGGAAGCUCCUGCAGCCAAUCGGAAGCCACAGAAGUCACAUUGGACGUUCGAGUUCCAAAGAACAUUUGCAAACUGGAAUACUCACUUCCAGGUUUGCAGCGUUCGGGAGCCAAAAUGUUCGACUCGCAAGGCGUUUGGGAUCCAAGGUAUGGCUGUAUACUAGAAUAAUUCUGUCGAAGACGAUGUGAAGGAGACUGAAGCCAGUCUCAUUCCUAUACCCAACCAUAUGCUCUUACUUGCAAAAUAGUAAUACUGGUUCAGAAUACAUGGGCAAUUUCUAGAUUUUAGCUGGGAAAUACAUGCAUUGGAAUAUAUAUAUGAGAAACACUGCCCUGGUGGUGCUGGAGGUGAGGCAGGCAUGUUUGUUAAGUGAGGAGGUGUAAGGCACACUCUUAAUCCCAUCACAUGUAGAGAGAUUUAGAUCUGGUGUAAUUUCUGACAGACAUCUACAGAUGGAUCAUUAGAUUAAACAUUGGUUUAUUAUAAUAUCUCUGUCAGCAUGAUUAAUUUACAUGUAAACGAGUUAACCAUUUUAUCCAGCAAAAUGAUUCACAUGGGUUCUAUAUGGAAGGCAUUGGAGAAAAAAAUGCUUUCGGAGGGGGGGGUAUACUUGUGAACAGACACCUGAUUUAUACACAGUUAACACUUUGUUUUGUUUUUGCUGCAGCCCUCAAGUUCUGUGGAGACAUUUUUUGAUUCCCUUGUGAAUCAAGCAAAGAUCCCCAAUAUAUUUUCCUUACAGAUGUGUGGAGCUGGAUUGCCAGUUACUGGAACUGGUACCAAUGGAGGUAGUCUUGUGGGUAUCUGCCAGCCUGAAACAGAAAAUAUUGGUGACUUUUUACCACUUUUGUGAUGCGGUGAAUUUAAGCCUGUUUACUUGGAAUUCAGUCCUUUUCAUUGCAUUAUGCUUUUAAUUACCAUAUCCAUUAGAAGGCAAAACAAACAGAUUUAGAGUGGCUUACUCAAUUUUCCAUUCAGACUAUUAAAUUAGAGAAGCAUGCAUAAAUUUCUCAUACUUAUCCACAUUAAGUUUCUUUUACUGAUUUUUCCAAUAGUGAAUAAAAAAAAUCUGCCUGUGGGAAUUUGAAGAUCUGCUCUAUUGUGCUAACAGUAUGAUAAGUAAAAUCAGCAUCCAGAACUUUGGAUGGUGCAGCCUUAUUCAGAUGUUAUAGGGAGGAGAAAGGCUAUGCACCCUGACCAUGCACUCUAGCCCCAGUCCUUACCUUCUCACAUUGAGUGGGAAUGUCUGGAGGGGGCUUCUAAGUGUGGGGGAUUCCAAGCAGUGUACUUGCUUGGAAUCCCCCACACAAACCUUCUAAGAACAUUCACCUGAAUGUGUAGUAAUAGACCUUCCCAUUCAACCCAGAAUGAUCAGAGCACCACAGAAAAGACUGUGUGCACCUUUACACCCUUCACUCAUGUUGGGAGUCCUAUUUCUGUAUUAUGUGUGAACAUAGAUUUUAAGAUCCAAGCAACAUGUAAGCAAAGUUGGUUGGUCUGUUGGUUUCAUUGUAACUUCCAUGUCAAUGGAUAUACAUUUCUGGUGUCACAUAAAUAUAUAUAUUCUGUGUAUCCUAAAAGAAACUGUGUCCCCCGCCCUCUUUCUUUUAGCUAAAGUGGAUUAAGAAGUGCUUCUUUGUCUUUGCAUGCUCUAUUUUUGUCCAUUCCUGCCCCUCACAGUUGACAUUCAGCAUUCUAUAUAGAAUUUGUUUUGUAAAAGAAGCACAAAAAGUGCCAUUCUAUACAUGCUUACCCAGAUGGGUCCUGUUGCAUUCAGUGGGGCCCACCCCCAAGUAAGUGUACAUUGGAUAGCUCCGUAAGAAAACGUGACCCACAGCCAUUAAAAUCAGUGAGGCCUCCCCCCCCCAAUAUAUUUUGUGAUAUCUCAGCUGUUCAUGGUUUUGCUUCCCAUAAAGUUCAAGUUUAACAAGCAGUCUCUGCUCUGCUCAGAGUUACUUGGGCCACUAGUUUUCCUAAAUGAAAAGGCCUAGUGUAUGGAUAUACUGUUUGGGUCAAUAUUUUAAACCAUGGGGCAAAACCAUUUGAGAGGGGAGGUCACAAAUGUACACAUGCUAAUCUGCAUUUGCUCUAUGCCCAUGCCCAGCCUCCUCCCCCAUAAUUGCUGCCUGACCUUAACAAGGGGGAGAUGUAAUAAAACUGCAUCAUAGUUGCCCUAACUCUUGCAUUGUGUUUCUCCUCCUGUCUUAUUUUUUUUAUUUCCCAUUGCCAGCCUUUAUUCCAAAUAGCUUAACAAUGAAAUAUUGUUAAAAGCUUAGUCAAUGUACAAAGAUGAGAACUUUUCUGAAGUGUUCAUGCACACGAAAGCUUAUACCCAGAACAAACUUAUUUGGUCUCUAAGGUGCUACUAGGCAAUUUUUUUAUUUCAACUUUUCCCUGUUAUUUAAAAACUGUCUGUGACUUGCUCUUUAGAAAGAGAGAGAGAGGUAAACAAACAUAAAGCAUCUCAGUCAUUUUAAUAGCAUUUGUGACAUAGAGAAUGUCUGACCUCCCUGGGUUUAUUACUCAUAACUGGUAAUACCUGAAAUUAUACCUUCUAUAAUUCUGUUCUCCCAUGUAUCUUAAGACACAGUCUUAAGUCUGAGCAGAAGACUAGCCAUGUUCUGAUUAAAAUAUUUUUUAAAACUGCUUUAAUUUAGUUUCACUAAAAAAAACCUGACUGGGUCUGCAAUGCAUAUGUUAAAUGCAUAUGUUAAACAAGUGGGUUUAAAAUGCGUGUAAAUACACCUUAAGUCCCCUGAGCACCAUCUGACAGGGGGACAUGCAUGCUCUAUAUCUUUACUGUUGUGUGUUUGAUUGUGCGGCAACCACUGUUUCCUUUUCAGGUCCUGGGUGGAAUUGAACCAAGCCUAUACAAGGGGGAAAUCUGGUACACACCUGUUGAGAAAGAGUGGUAUUAUCAGGUUGAAAUACUCAAAUUGGAAGUUGGAGGCGAGAACCUUAACUUGGACUGUAAAGAGGUAUUUAUAGCAAGGAAGCACAAUUUAAUCUUUCUGCAUUCAGGGGUGGCCAAUAUGGUGUUAGUAGAAGCACUGGGUUGGUGGGUGCAAAAGCCCUUGAAAUGGUCUUAGACUCCAACUCCCCCAAUCGCAACCAUCAUGGCCAAUAGUUAGGGAGGGUGGGAGUUGUGGUCCAUUAAUGUAUAGAGGGUGACCACCUCUGCAUUCCAAAAAUCUAGUGUAAAAUGCUAAUUGGUAAAUGUGGAGAACAAUUGGAUUAGUGUAGAAUCCUAAAUAUACUUCAGUUGUGUUGAAAAGGAAUUUAUUUCAGAGUAUACAAAUUUAAGUUAGAGUGUGUAGAUGGGAGGAAAAACACUGUUGCAGAUGCCAGCCUUUUUUUCAUUUGCAUGCAUCUGCUAGCCUCGGUUUCUCUCCCCAGAUCUCUUUUCUACUGGACUUUUCCCAUGAUCCUUUCAUGAGUUGUCAUGUACUCUGGCAUCCCUAGUGUUGCCUGUGAAAUGUUGGAGGGUGUGCAGGUUCGUCUGCUACAAGCAGUUCUCCCUCAAACUGACCAGUCUGGCCAAUUUUUAUUGCUAACUAAAGGUAGAAAAGUAAAGAUUUACCCCCUUUCCCUCAGAUUAUCUUUAAAGAACCCUAAUUUUUUAUUUUAUUUUUUGCAAAAUAAUCUUUGUGCUCCUAGAUGAUGAGACUCAGCUUCUCAGUAACUGUGGUUGCUUUUUAACGUCUAAGGUUGAAAUCAUUUUCUAUCAUAUUUCUAUCAUGUUUUAUAUUGCUCUAACCUGACCAACUGAAGAGUGGGUACUAAAACCAAUCAUAACAACAAUAGCAACAUGGAUUAGAAAUAUAAUUAAUCAUAUAUACAUAGAUACUGGGGGGAAAGCCCCACUGAAGUUGAUUAAGACUUGUUUCUGAGUAAACCGGCAUAAGACUGGGCUGUUGGUCUUACUGUCUUACAAAUGUGACAUGCAGAGCCGUCUUUUCCAUUGGGUUUACUGGCGCGUUGCGCCAGGGCGCUGGCCUCUCAGGGGCGCCCCAGCAAGUGGGGAGCUGUGCGGCUUUGUCAGCAGCCUCCUCUUUCCCUCCUGCACGCCCGCCAGCUGCGCCCCGUCAACCAUAUGGCUGGUGGGCAUGCAGCUUCCUUCCCAAGCCUCUGUGGGAGGAGAGCGAUCCCCGCAGAAGCUUGGGAAAAGGUCGACAAUGUUGGGAAACAGGGUGGGGUGGGGCGCCAGAGGGAUCGUUGCACCACGGCUCCGGAUAUGCUUAAGACGGCCCUGGUGACAUGUUUUAUUAUAUAUGUGGGGUCACAAAGAGUCAGACACAACUAAACGACUAAACCACAACAACAACAAUAUUUAUCUGCCAUGGAUUCAGUGGCUGGCUCUUGUGCUAACUGCUCGUCUUUCUGCCUCUGCGUCCCUCUGACUAAGUCCUUGUGCAGUUCUUCUCCCAUUUUUAGAAUUUAGUGCUACAACCCCUAAUGUAUCGUAAUUCAGAUAUGUAUGGAAAUCAUCCAACAGGCUACACACCCACACCUACGCCCACACACCAGAGCUAUUUUUUUGCCCAGUUCCAGUGUUGGAACUUGGGGUUCCAAGGCAGGUAAGCUCCUGUAACUUUGAAAUCUGUCCACACCUGCUACAGACAAAGUUAUCCAGUUUAGACAUGGAAAUAGUUCCCACUUGUUCAAAUUCAGGUUGUCAGCUGAGACUCUUCUGUGAAGUAUGAUGUUUGUAAUCCUGUCCAACAGACAAUACAUCUCACAGGACCAACUGAGCCUGGGGUCAGAGCUGGCUUUCCCAUUAAACUUCUGCUUAGGCUAUGCUGGGGGAAUCCUGCUUGGGCUCAAGGCAGCUGAGAAAUGUCACUGCCUCUGUAAUGGGGAUUUGGAGGAGGUGUGCAGAGAGGAGCUGACAUCACAGAGGGCCCUAUGCUCUGCCAUCGCACCACCAGAAGGAGCGGUUUUUAUUGACUUUCCAUUGCAGUUUGCUGCUACAACAUGUUGAUAUCUUUGUUCCCCUUUCCCCUGUUUAGUACAACUCGGAUAAAGCCAUUGUAGACAGCGGCACCACACUCCUGCGCCUGCCAGAAAAAGUCUUCAGUGCUGUUGUGGGAGCAAUUAUACAGAAAUCCUUGGUAAGUUCCAGCUCAUGAGACACAUUGUUCCUUAAAGGAACUGUUAAACAGCUGUCUUAGGACAGCAGUUUCUCAGUGGGGGGUGCCACUAAGCCACUUCUUUCCAUCACAGGUAGAGGAGACUUCUUAGGUGAGGAAGUGUAACUAAUUUUUAAUCACCAUUUUAAAAAUGGCAUGAUUUUGUUUGACUCUAAUGUAUUUACAGAGUAGAAGCAUUCUGUCCUUCUCCAAACUUUGAGGAGUUUGGGCUAAAACCUAAUGGCUUUGUUGGCAGCCGUUCCCAAAAUAAGUGCUCUUUUGCCUUGCAACACAGGCUAUUGUUCUCUUAAAAAGAGACACUGUGACAGUGAACAAUCUUGUUUGCUCUAAUGGGUUUUUAUCUAUGUGUGGCUUAAGGCCCAGUGUGUGGAUUGCAUUUACCAAAAAAAAGUGUGUGUGUUUGUUAUAUUGGUGUAUUUGUCAGAAUCCAAAAUUAUGACCAAGGCUCUGGCUCUAAACCUCUGCCACAAGGGAAGUCCACUCACAUGUGAGCCCCUCUCUCUCCCACCCCCCACCCCCGAUUGAUACACACGGUGCACAUUGUGCUACGGCAGAAGCUAAGUAGUUUGUCAAAAUAUAGUGUGUAUUCUGUAUUUCAGAGGUGUGGAAGCUGAGGUCAUCCAGAUGUUGUUAGACUCCCAUCUUGCAUCAGCCACAGCCAACAUGGCCAACAGUUGGGACUUAUGGGAGUUGUAUUCCAACAACAUCUAAAGAGCCAUAGGUUUCUCAUUCCCUGUUAUAUAUUAGAAAGGAAUUAAACUGCACAUUAAAUAAAUAGAGGAGAGGAAGGUGGAAACAUAUUUUCUCCUUCUCCUCUCUGAUCAAUAGCAGGAAGGUAAACCAGAAUCAGGAUGGAUAAACUACAGGUUUCAUAUUCUAUCGAUCAGAGCUUCUUUUCUUCUGAAAAGCAUGAAGCGGGGAAAUGUCCAGUAGCUGUGAAGGCAAAGAGAUAAGUGAUGGGAGGGAGGAGACAUUGUCACUGGGAAGGGCUGCCCUCUGCUCUUGAAUGCCAUCUUGGCACUGAAUGCAUGGGGCAAUAUCUUUUAGUCCUACACAGAAAAGGAGCAGUAGCACGUGCACUAGAAAGUGAAAAGCUGUCUGCCUCCCUUGAGACUAGACUCCCCCACUGGCUGUUUUCUUAAAUGAAAAGAAAGAGAAGGAAGGAACUGAGCCCAGAAAUAAUGAAUGGAGGCUGUGCUUUGAUCUUAUGUCAGAAGAGCCUAUCUAAAUUCUUCUAAUCUCCGACAGAACAUUUCAGCACCCCUUGUAGGUUGAAUUGCUCAGUGUGAAACUAACCGUAUGAUUCCAGGUAAACCUAUUCACCAAUUUGGCUUUUUCUCACUUAACAAAUAACGAAAGUAGGAAACUGGCAGAUUUUUACAUGAUUUUUGUGCAUCUGCAGUAAGGAUGGCUAGAUCUGGAUCCAAUGAUGGAUAUGGAUAAUAAUAUUUGCAAAAUUGCUCCACUAGUGAUAUAUUAUCAAGGGGGGGGAGUGUUCUAAUGCAAUUUGGGGAAAAUGUAGUAGGAACUAGGGGUAACACUAUACGAUGACUUAGGACUGCUAUUUCAAUUUGUUAAUCAUCAUAUCCUGUCACUUCUAGGUGUUAAAUAAUAUGAUAUGAAAACAUCAAAUGUAAUAAUAAAACAAAAUAAACAUAAGAGCCAAGCAUCACUUUACAGGGCGCAGGAUUUUUUUAAAGUGUUAAACCUUUUUUGUGUGAUAUUGAGUGUUAGUCAUACCUAAGCUUGUUGAUUUCAGUGGAUCUACUGUAAUCAUUACUGUAAAUAUGACUAACAUUGGCUAUUACACUACUUUUUUAAAAAAGUCCUUUUAGAAGCCUAGGAGAAAAGGAAAGUCUUGGUCUAUUCCUGAAAUGACAUUAAUAUUGGCUCCAGGUUAUUUAGGGAGACUUCAUUUCAGGGGCAGUAGCUUCUCUCUCCUGUUUUUUCUUUUUGAAAUAUGUAUGUUCUUCUGUCCCUGUUUACCAGAGAGAGUCCUCAUUUUCAGAUAUGUUUCUCUUGUCAAUCACUGUCCCUGCUGCUGCCUUUUCAGUGUCAGUUGCUGGAGUUGUCAUUCUCCUGUGCUAUGUCUUACCUUCCCCAGGGUCUCUAGAAUUUAAAUAUUUGGGAGUUGUCCUGUUGGCAUAUAAAUUCAUGAACACUAAGCUGUCAUAUAGUACACAUCCUGACAUGCCAUGUGCUGGUGAGGCUCACUUUAUUGUUUACAAAAUGCAAACAAGGACAGGCUCUCUCUUGUUUUUGCAUAUCUUUAACACACCCACGCGCAUGCACCCACACACACCCCAGAGAGGACAGUGUCUUUGGAGAUUGUGCAUUACAGUCUGUUGCAGAGUCAAUGAAUAGAGUUGAAGCAGCUGAUGGUAGCAGCUUAGCAAAUGUGUUUUGGGAAGGGAGCAGCUGAAGACAUCCCUUGUAUGAGAAUAGGGUGGUGGUUUUGUGAAAGCAUAUCCUUUUUUUGUCAGAAAUGUCUGACAGUUUGUUAAUAAAGUGCUCAGUAUCAAUGUACACGCUGAACAAUAGGACUGUGGAGUUGACCUUUUCUUCUUCACUCAAACCAUAUUUGUUUUGGUGGGAAUGUUUGCUAAUGACAAGGUGAUAAGAGCUUCAGCUGCCUCAGAAAGCAAACACUGAGCACAAAGGACUCUGCUUAAGGAAGUGUAUUUGCCCUAUCCUGUAUUUGUAUAUUUGCAUUGGUGUAUUAUGUGCCUCUCAAAAACUGUAAAUGUGGGAAAGAAAGUUAGCCUGACUUGCAUGGGUUGUUAUAUAGAUUUAUGUUCUUGCAUAUUUAUUUUCUUGAAUAUGUUCUUAUUGCACUUGAAAUAAAUGGUUCAUGCUAACACAUGUCUACUCAGUUCUUUUGAAAGCUUUCUCCCAGGUAAGUGUGUAAGGAACUCCAAAGUUCAAUCAGAUGCUAAUUCAGUAGAGGUGAAAUGAAAGAAAGGGCUGACAGGGUUAAUUAUCAGUCCAAUAAAAUAAGUGGGCAGAUGUAUUUUUCUUUUUUUAGCAGAAAGACAUUUUGAUCUUCAAAAGCUUGAGACUUUAAUCAGCAAGGUAGCUAACAGAAUCAAGGCUAGUUAUUGUUCAGGGGUCAUGAUACGAUGGACUCUUCCUAGUUAUUGUAUCACUUGCAUACUUUUCCCACUUCCAGCGUGAUUUGCCACUGCCCUUUGAAACCAGGAUCACAUGCUCCCAGCUGCUUCUUUUCCAGGAAUUUUGCUAAUGCUUCUCCUCAAGACUGUGCCUGUUCAUAGGUGACAAAAAACAGGAUCUCAUUAAUUCAGCCUAACAUCCCCACCCCCUCCAUUUUCUGUAUAGAUUCAAGAAUUCUCACCUGGAUUUUGGAAUGGUGUACAGCUUGCUUGCUGGGCUAAAACUGAACAGCCUUGGACCUUCUUUCCAGAAAUAUCUAUCUAUCUGAGAGAUGAAAAUUCCAGCAGAUCAUUCAGGAUCACUGUCUUUCCACAGGUCUGAACAAGCCCUUUAUUGUAGUGUUCGUCAAGAGAAGCAAUAAUUUCAUUGAUCGUACAGCACUUAAUGAGUACUUCAUUGAAGAUUUUGGCAUUUGUAUAUACUGCCUUUUUAAAAACAGGAUUUAUAGUGCUGCUGUUCUUUCCCACACUAACUCAUAAGGUUGUCUGCCCUUUGGUGGAAUCUUGCUGGUCUCCUCAUCACUAAUAGUUCAGUGCUUGCUUAUCGUUUUGUAGAGAUCUUUUCAGCGGCAACACAAUAACUCUGUUCACAGGACAUAGUUAUUACUUACUAAAAUAGUAAGCUAGCAUAUCCAGCCAGUUGGAAUGGGAGGACAGGAUUAUGUCAGUAUGCCACGCCCCCAAUCCAUAUACAGUCAUUUCAACGUCGACAUGGAAAACCAGAGUUUGCAAUCACCCAGAUAUGGUCCUACAAGGGUAUAGUUCAAGGAAGCAUAAAUUCAAUACAGAUAUUGUACUGAAUGUGCACAACCCCCUCCCAUUCUGUACAUUUGCUGACUCUGCCAUGGAGUCCAUAACAUAGAAGACUAAAGGAGUAUGCGAGUCCUUUAAUCAGCUAUGACAAUAUAGUGAACCAUGCACAUCCAUUACAUAUCCAAAUGUUUUAAAUUCAGGAUUGGGGACCUUUUGUUAAUCUGGAUUGUACCGUAUUUUUCGCUCUAUAAGACGCACAUUUUCCCUUUCAAAAAUUAAGGGGAAAUGUGUGUGCGUCUUAUGGAGCGAAGUUUCCGCUGUGCUCCGAAGGCUUGCGGAUAGCCACCUGAAGCCUGGAGAGCGAGUGGGGUCGGUGCACACAGAUCUCUCUUGCUCUCCAGGCUUUGCUUCGCUGGAGAGGCGCUGAACAGUUUUCCCUCUCUGCGCAGCGCCCCUUCAGCGAAGCGGGAGAAGAAAUGGAAGGGGCUCUGUUUCUCCUGCCGCUUCGCUGAAGGGGCGCUGAGCAGAGAGGGAGAGAAUUUUUUUCCCCUGUUCUCCCCCUCUAAAACAAGGUGCGUCCUAUGGUCCGUUGCGUCCUAUAGAGCGAAAAAUGCGGUAUUCAAUAGGCCUAUUCCUAUUUUGUGAUUCUACAUUUUCAGAAAAAUGGUGGCUGGUUCACACAUGAUAAUUUUUUAGAAAUGUGCAAGUCUCUUGCCAGACUCGCUGCCAGUAGACUUUCGUGGACAGUCUUUUGGCACCAUGCUGGUGUUAUAGACCAUUAUAUAAGUCUUUUCAGUCAUUGCACAGGUGGAGCACCCCUGAAUAAAUUCAAUCUGGCUAGGAUCCUGACAGCAGACACUUAUACUCCUGAAGUGUCUACACGGGGGUGGGGGGUGGGGUCAUGAUGUUUGAACUAGCCCCUUGGUUUGUGGGAAUAACACAAUGCAGUCCAACUAGUCUUAGCCAAUUUAUAAGAAAAUCUGCUUUUAGACUAACUAGUUAAUUCUUUUCACGGGGGGAGGAAGUACUAAAAUUCCUUCUCCCCCCCCCACAAGAGCAUUAAUGAAGUGAUAUUUUAUGAAGCUAUUAUGAUCUUUAUCAUCUGAGUAUGCAAAGAUUGUGAAGCCGAUUGACGAGAGUCCAGAAAUUAUUCAUGUAAAUCUGAUUAUCUUGAAAUAUUUCUGUAAGCUUAAGUGUUUCCUUGCCCGUACUUUCAAGCAGCUUUAAUGAAGCAAAUGUGACUUUGAAAUGGCCUUCACUUGUAAUUCCAGGCUUAAACUUUUAAUGAGCAGCCAAGUAACAUAGGGAACUGUUUUUGUCUUGAUGGCAUUGUGCAUUCUGAAGUCUAACUUAUUUCCAUAUAUUGUUAACACUAUUUUAGGAAAAUACAUGCACAUGGCUAGGUAGAGACUGGAUCAGUUUUAAUUUGGAGUAUAUCCUACACAAAAUUGCAGUUGUUUUUCUUAUUUCAGUAACUUUGUUGCCGUUGAUUUGUGUAAUGCAAGCUUGUCACACAGGACCCUGUUCUCCUGGUUCCACCAUUUCUCUAAGCCAGGUUGUCAUGUAUAUCCCAAAUGCAAAAGGGUGCUUAAAACGCCUACCUGGGACAUAUGACAUACUUCAGAAAAAUUUACUCUGGCUUUCAUUGAUCAGAAGGUCACUCCCUCCAAGGUGAGGGGACAGAUCUUUUAAAAGUUGAGCUGCUCUUGGCACUUUGGUCCCUCUAACCAUCAGGGAUCCAGGCCAGAUCUUCCACACCACCAGGAAGUUGACCACCCUUCCUGUCCACUUGUAGGUAGACUGAGAUAAUUGUGCUGUUAGUAAUUAGGACUGACGUAGUCUGCUUUUAGAGUUAUUGGACUCUUUUUUGCUUUUAAUAUUACUGUUGAACCUUAUUGCCCUCUUCCUUAUAUAUUUUUAACAAAGUUUCACAAUUUGGACUAGUGGAGUCAAGUGUGUGAUGGCCACCCUCAGAAUUUGGGAAUCUCCACUUGCCUAGAUCACUUUGGAUUUCACACUAUUGGAAGUCUUAAGACCAGAGUUGGUAAAGCCAGGAACGUUUCCAACUCUGAGGGAGAAGCAGAGGACUGGGGGGAGCUGGCUUUACACUGAGCAAAUUUGCAAGGAAUUAACUGGAGAAGUGAAUUGUGCUGGUCCAGGAUUUAACCAUUAAUUCAAGAUCUCCAGUUUUCACUCCUGUUUGUGGGGCUGUAGGUUACCAAAAGAUGGUGGUAGUGGUGGUGGCAGCGGCAGCCACUGAAUAAUAAUACCUAACUGGCAAUACUGCAGGGCUAUUGUGUAGCAGUUGCAGAAGGAAUGAGGGCACAAGAGGCUGUCAUGAGCACACACACCCAGCUGAAGUCAAUUGUGGAUGGUGAGGAAUGGUGGAAAGAAGUAUACAAAUUUCUGUGUGAAAAGUAAAUAGGGUUUAUUCACUUUGAGCUCUUGACAAGCUGCAACUUAAAACCCGGCAUUUCUAUAGUUAAUGGAGUCAUUAUCCCAUCCUUUGUAAUUUGGCUGCUGUUGUGUGUCCAGAUCUUAUCCGCUAAUCUUCUAAAUUUAGGUAUAUUGCUGCUCCUUAAUUGUCCUUUUUUUCUUUCCAAAUAACAGCUUUAUAUUCAGCCUGCUUUUGAGACUGGUCAGAAUUUACGCUGCUAUCGUUUUGGCAUCUCCUCUUCUACCAAUGCCCUGGUCAUUGGCGCGACAGUGAUGGAAGGAUUCUAUGUCAUCUUUGAUAGAGCUCAAAAGAGAGUGGGCUUUGCAUUAAGUACUUGUGCUGGUAAGAGACCACUUCUGAAUAGCAUAUACUUAACAAUUUAAGGUAGCACCUGAAGUCUUCUAUUUUUAUUUUAUUUUUUUCAUUUAUUGGAUUUGUGUACCACCCUUCCUCAAAAGAUCUCAGGGUGGUUCACAAUAUAAGUUUAACAAUCUGCUUUUUAAAAAUCACAUAAAAGAACCUUGUCCGAAUACUUCGAACAUUGUUUGCGAAUCUGCAAAUUAUUUUUUAGCGCUGUUGUGUGGGUUGCAGUUUUAAUCUUCACAACAAUCUUAUAAAGUAGGAUAGGCAUUCAGAUUAUUUUCCAAAAGCCACCGAGGAGCUUCAGAAGUGAGCUGGGCUGGUAUCCACACAACUAGUCCCAUGUGCCCAGGGGAACUAUGGACUCGCCUUUCUUCAAUUCCUAUUCCCUAUUACAAAUUACUUUGGAAACUGAGGGAAUUGUCAAAUGCAAUUUAGCAUGGUGCAGGGAGCUUUCUUGUUCAGAAGGGGGUGGGAAUCCUGUUGGGCUUCAGCCCCAAAAUAAUUAUUUGAAUUCCAGCUUAGGCCUCUUGGUUAUACCUGAACCUGAAUCACACACACGUGCAUGAUGGUCUCAGAUUAGUACAGGCUUGUUCUGGAAAGGAAUAUUAAUUUUUGACAUGCAGUAUGAGAAGCAAUUUUGCUGUUACAUUUCUGAAUAAAGCAAAUAUGCUGUUACAUUUCUCAGUAAAGUAAAUAUGAAUCAAUGUGAUUGCCCUUUUGAAAUAAGAUGCUUUUUGGAAAUGAAAAGCCCAAAUGUAUGUUGGAAGUACUUGAAUAUAGAGUUUUAUUAAUACUCUUAUUGCAGCUCUAAUAAGAUUACUUGAUAGUCUUAAACUGUCUGUAAUAUCUUCCCAUUUCAGAUAAAUUACUAGGCAGGGGAGAGGUUAGGUGAGUAGGAAACCAAUAGAUGGAAUAUAAACCUUUUGAUGUACAAGAACAGGAGAGUUAACAGGGACCUGAAAUCAUUCAUUUUGCUAGAAGGAGAACAGAAUGUUCACUUUGACUUUAUUUUAAGAUGAAAUUUUGUAUUCCGUGUGACUUUCAUGUGGGAGUAGUAUGACCAAAUGGGAAAUAAACUACAGUAAAAAGCUUAAUUUAAUGUGUAGCUGGAUUUUGUUUAUAUAUUUAUCUGGUUGUUCUUCAAUAUGCACACUUCCUUUAGCUUGGAUUUAAUGGAGAACUUUAAGUGUUAUCACCAUAUGUAGUCCUAAACCUACCCACUCACGGGGCUUUGUGGAGCAGCAGAAGAGUCCACAGAUUGCCUGCUCAUAACAGCAGCUGUGGAAGAUUGGGGGGGGGACGUAAUUGGGUGGGUCUGAUCCCUUCAUCAGCUCCAGGCUGGCACAGUGAUCUGGUUCAGUUCAGAAUGGCACAGCGAUUGGGUCCAGCGGAUCCCAGGUUGGCUUUUUCCCACACCUUGCCCAUCCUUGGAAUGUCCCAUCAUGGGGCUUUCUGCUGACAGUAGUACCAUCAACAGGCCUCCCACUUGUGGGUGGUUGCUGGGAGGCUGGCUCAACUGGGCGAGCUAAGUGGAGGAACACCUCUGGUCAAUUAAAAACAAGCCUACAGCCCAGUACAAGGGCAGGUUUGGAUUGCUCUCUCCAUAUUAAACCAUGGUUUAGUGUUACGAAGAUUAGCUGCAGAUAGUGUUGGGGUUAUGCACUCCUGCCUCCAACUGCCUCUGGCACAACCACAAGGAGAUCAGAAGCUUUGAAUUCCACUUUAGAGUAACUAAAUUCUAGCAUUGCAUUUGAACAUUAAACUGUGUUUAAUCUUAACUAUGGUUUGUUGAAACAAGCCAAACUGGAAACUGUGAUUGUCUCAAAACAGCAAUAGCUUGGCAUAAUAAAAUGAGAUGUGAACGAGCUUCAUGCACCUAUACUCAGCUACAUCCCAUGAUCCAGAAAACAACCCAUGAAGUCUGAAUUGUGGUUUCCUGAACUGUGAAAUGAUGGUUUUUGGAUUAUCCCAAACCAUCCAGGAUCUUAAAUGGUUUUAAAUUUGCUUAAUAUUGAUACAUAUGAACCAAGAAACUAACAGAAAAACAAUAGCAAACUGAGACUUCAUGGCUGCACCUCACAAAGGAAGGAGUGAGUGGCUGCUUGUAGAGUAACACAGCUUUUCCACAUCUUUGCUUAUUAAGCAGAGAGAUGAUCAUCCAAGCAUAGCCAUGGUUUGAAGUUAGCUUAUUUCAAUGAACAGAAAAUACAGCAAGCUGUGUUUAAUCUAAAAUGGAAGUGAAUGCUUCAGAACUUGCAAGCCUGAGAAUUGUCUGGACUCACUCUUGCAGUUUCAAACUAUGGUUUAGUGUACCCAGCCCUAAAUAUUUCCAUGCAUAUAACAGUUAAAAGCUGUAAACCUUUUAAAUAUUUGUGUCUCUCUCAUUCCUUUGUGCUCUUUUAGAAAUUGGAGGUUCUCCAGUUUCUGGGAUCGAAGGUCCUUUUGAAACUACGGAUGUAGCAAGCACCUGUGUGUCCACAAUAUCCUUCCAUGAACCGUUGUUGUGGAUUGUGUCCUAUGCACUGAUGAGCUUCUGCGGACUUGUCCUUCUGGUGCUCAUUGUCUUACUGCUCCUGCCUGCUCGCUGUCGUCGUCAUUAUUCUGACAAUGAUAUUGUAAAUGAUGAAUCGUCCUUAGUACGGCAUCGAUGGAAAUGAAGAAUUCUGUCCAAGCUCAAGGAAUACUUGCACUUUGCUUAGCAGUACUAUGGACAGGCUGUUCCAACCAAAGGUAGAAGUCCAGGCUUCACUCCUUGCAAACUUAAGCACAUGUUUCAUCAGAAGAUGUUCUCCAAUUCUGCUGCCUCAUAAUUUCUAAGCUUUUUUUUCUAACAAUUUUUUGAACCAAAUACAUAUACUGUAUAAUCACUCCAAGUGCUACUCUGCUUUUCUAGUUGACAAUCAUGCAGCUCAGCCAAUAAGUACAUUUUUUUAAAUGCUAAAUACUUAUUCCAUAGUUCCAAAAAGAUUGGCUUCUCUAUUCCCAUCCCCACCCCACUCUAUGAAAAAAACAAAAAAUGUUUGAAUGUGUUUGGUAAGCCGUUAUUCAAAUUUUGUAUGCCAAAUCAUAAUGAUGAACCAAAAGCUUUAUUUAUGUCUGUUUUUCUUAUUAUCCCUAUUCUAAAAUAUUUUUUUAAAAAAUCAGUAGGUUGAUUGUGAACCUUCAUCAGUGGGCAGUGGAAAAGGAGGUUAGCAAUACAGACUAAAUAUAUUCCCCCCAUCCCUUCAGACCAAGGAGAGUAUCUUGCACUUUCAAUGGAUCUCUCUUUGUAACUCUCAGGAGAAAUGAAGUAGGGAAAAACAUUGAAACCAAAACCUAUUGUGCAGCCUUAGUAUAAAACACGACUACCUCUGAAUAUACAAGGAUGCCAUUCAGAAGUGUGAUGCAAGUUCUUGAAACAGAAAAAGAUUCAUUCCACGGGAAUACAACACAACUACUCAAUUUCCUUUCAGCUGUCCUUUCAAGAUUUUCCACUUAAUGGCAUUUGAAAAUAUUUGACUUUGCCACCCACAUUAGCAUCCUGUGUUCUGAAUCCACGCAUAGCUAAUUUUUGAAUGGGUUCUUCAAGCCUUUGUACAUGCAUCCUGCAAAGCAGAUGGGCUGUAGGGGCAAGUGCCUCUCUUUACACCUUUUGGGUAUGUCUCUAAUGCCUAGCAAUUGAAAUGAAAACAAUGCAAUGUAAGGUGAAUCUUCAGUUGAAAAGUCGUCCAUUUGGCUGUGGCCACAGCUGCAAAAGGCAAAGGGGUGUUUUUUUCAUGAAUGAACAGUGAGCUAGGAGGUGGGCCAGGUGAUGAAUAUGAACAUUUUAAUGUCUCUGUGGCAAGAGUAAGGCUCUAGGACCUGUGCAGAAAUAUCUAUGGCCAUGCCAACAUUUGCCCAUGUAUCUUUGUACUGGCAAGCUUAAGGACAGCCUGUGUUGAAAUCAGUAUGUGGCAGCAGCAUUCCUACAACCCAUUUAGGACAGUCUUCCCCCUUCCCAAAGGCUUCUGCAGGCUGAAAUACUUGUAUUAAUAUGCUGUGUCCAUUCUCAAGUCUUUUGACUUGUAGAGAGAGGGAGGAAUCUGUCCAAAAGCACUGAAAACAAAACUCAUAGGUUUUGCAUAGGUUUCUAGUUGAGAGUCAAACUUGAGAUUUAUUAAAUUAGUAAAGUGUUUCUACUAUUUGAUUUUCAAUUUCCUCUGUACUUAAUGAUCCAGUACUACAGAAGCUAGGAAACGCUUUAAUUCUGAUAGAGACAGCACAAUCUCUUCCCCCUCAUCCCAGUGAUUACCACACUCUUAUUAAAAUCUUCCAUGUGCUUGGUUGAUCACUCACAUGGGAUUUUUGAUGUUCAAGCAAGGAUGUGGAAAAUAGCAGCUUUUGUCAUAUAGACUGGUGGCCUGUAUGCUUUCCUCUUCACAUUUUCCUCUUCUGGUUCCAUUGCACAUCACAUUUCGAUCCCCUCAUGGAUGCUUUUCGUACAAACUUACAGUGCUUUAGUGCACAGGCACUAAAGCUGUUCCACCAGUGAUGCCAAGUCAGAAACUCUGUUUUGCAAAGGUUUCCAUUUCAUGUCCAUACUGUUCCCUAAAUACAUUUGGACGAGACUCUUUACCUUCCAUAGUUUUUCCUAUGAUGGAUCUGGAUAUCAUGUGCGAUGGGAGUUUUCUACAAAGUGGGGAAAAUUAUGGCUCAAAAUGUUGAUCACGCACAGCUGUUAAGCCAUUCUGAAACCCAAUCCAUCGUACAGUUUUGCCUUUUAUUCUUAAACCAGAAAGGCACGUGUCAGAGAAAACUUGUUUUCUGUUUAGAAGGAAGUAAAUUAUUCUGCUCCCCUGCUUCCGAUUUGAUUUUUCUGGUUUAUAAGUAACAUUCAAAAGCAAGCCCUUUUUUCUUUAAAGUCACACUCACACACACGCUGGUUGUGUGUGCGCACAUCUGUAUAGAAUCUCUUCAUCACAUGGUAAGUUGUCAGCUAUUGUCUAUGUGAAGAAUACCUAAAACCCUUGAAGCAUGUAUAUAAGCCCUUUGCUGAAAUUGAAGCAGGGGAACAUGCUGGCAGAUUAUCUGAGCAUCAUUAUAAGUUUUCUUUUUAAUGAAAAAAUUUUCUGGAGAUUUUCACUCAGCAGUAUUUCACUUCAGUGCCUAUUAAAUACUCAUGAUUUCAUUUUGAAUUGGUGGUUAGGACACUGUAAAUAUAAAUACUUGAAAAAAACCAUAAGCAAUAAUAAAAUAUAAGAAACAAACUCGUGAUAUAUAGUGGGAUCCCUUGCCACACAAAUAUGGCUAAUGAAGAUGGUGCUGUCUGACAUUUGCUUAUAGCACAACUUUCAUCCAUCUUUCUAAACUGAGAUGUCCAGCAGCAGAUAUUAUAGUAGUUUAUUGUUCUGUUGCUCAGGCAACCGUGGCAGCACUGACAAGGUUCAAUUUUUAACCUGAAACACAUUAAGAAAAUGCACUGUGAAAUACGUUGCACCUCUCAGCUUUGCAUGUGCCCCCCCUUCCAUUUUUCUGUUGUUAAAAUUCUUUAAAGAAACUUGUAACUAAAUUGAAAACUUUUAGAAUAAUAGGAAUGAUUGGGAUGGGGGGGGAGAGAUUGCCCAAUAAUAUACAUUGUUUUAAAAAUGGGAAAUGUGCUUUCCACCAGAAACUGCUGUUCUUGACCUUCAGCUGCUACAUCCUGCUGUAAACAUUACUCCAAAUUUGCCGCGAAAUUUUAUUUUGUUCCCUGACUUUUAAAAUAAAGAUGUAUUAGUGGAAAUACAGGAUUCAGACUGAAUCACAAGGUUGUAGCUGUUCUCUGAGACAGUGUGCAUGAUCAGCAUACUCACAUGAAGUAGCUGCAGCUGGCCAGUAUCUCUAAGGGGCAGCAAAAAUAUGUGCUCAUGUGGUUUGGUUUGCUUGCUUAAAAAAAACUUAAUUACAGUUUCAACAUUAGCAUAUUAGGCAAGAUAAGAACCUACUUCCGGACAAGUGCAUUGUAAAAAAAAAAAAAAUGCAAGUGUUUUGCUGUUUUGUUCAGAUAUCAGUUUUCUGCCACCUCCAUUCUGAAAUGUUUUUGUUCAGCAACAGCUGUAUCUUGUGAAACUGCUGAGAAUGCUAUUGGAAGAAACUCUGUUUGACUUCUUGGAUCACCUUAAUGGCUUUACUGGCAAAGAGAAUAGAUAGAAUGCAGUAAAAAUAAUCAUGUGUUUUCUGUAAUAUACAGUGCUCAGUGAACUGAAACUCAGUGCAAAACAUUUUGUUACUAUACUUCUGCAAUAGGUGUUAAUAGCAGUUAAUAGGGAUUGCUUUUUAAAAAAGAAAAGAAAAGAAAAAUAACAUUCUUGCCAUUUGGCCUUCUGAUUGAUCACCACAAAAAUAUUCCAAUUCCUGUCUCUUUCUCCUUUACAAAAAAAUAAAAUGCUAACUUGGACAGCAGUUUAUCUGUCUUGGUUGAAGUAAUCCUGUUGCAUCUCAAGAUGAUGUUUCUUACUAGAAUGAAGGCAUAUUGGAACCUGCAUGUAUUGUAAGCUAGAUCAUUUUUCUGCUCUCUAUUAAUUGCCCGUGUACAUUGUUUGGAUUGUUCCUAUAUUCAAGGUUUGACAAGGCAUUAUCUUGAAAGAUCAUCCAAGGGACCCACUUCCAUGAUGUUAGAAUUUUGCAUGUUGGAUUCUGGUAGUAUUAGAAUGGGAAGCUUGUGCCAAAGUAGAAAAGGUGGAAGUAAAAUAUAUGUAAUAUAUGUCAAAGUUGGUGCUGGGCAACUGACAGCACUCUUGAGAUUAUUUGGGAGCCAAGAAUCAAGACCCAUGAGACGGACCAGUUGUCAGAACUGAUAAGCAAGGCAGGAUGGAGGAACAAGCUAGGUGUAGCAACUGAUGAACAAGUUGGGGCCAGAGGACAGGCCCACACCAUGGCUUAGAAAUGCCUUGUAGUUCAAGGAAGGGCCCACCUUUUAUACUCUGGAUCCACUGACCAGCCUUGGUGAGUGGAGUCAGUCCAGAAGUUUCUUCACUGAGAAGGCUGCUAGCUGCAGUUCAGUGAUUUACCACAUGAGAUUCCAGCAGUUCCUGACAGCCAAGAGGUUUAACCUGUUUAAUGUGGUAACUGUACUCUAGAAAGAGGUUGCAAUGUUGGUAAUUUUAGAUAAUGUAAAGCAUCUAUGAUAUUCUGCUGUGUUGAGCUAUACCCAGAGGCUUAAUCAUUUUUACAUAUUUAUUUAUUUUUAAAAAGUUUGUUCCUUGAUGUCUGUCAAGACUGCCUAUAAUGUUAUCUAGAGUCUCCUACCUCUCUGGGACCUACUUGAAAUUCAACUUGGGCUGGUUCUGUUCCACAACCUUUUUUCCUGAUAGGCUUUCCCUCCUUCUUCAUAUUUAGGAAUGGGUGGAUUAAUUCCAUCUUCGGAAGGGGAUGUUUUACAUUUCACAGAAACCAUUGUACACAACUACAACAUAAAAAGCUCUUGGUUACUUUGAAAAGUGAAUUUUAAUGAGUCUGACUAUAUUUUUCCUCGAAAUCACAGUGUUAGCACAUUGUCAGGGGAUGUGUAGAGCAUUUGCAUUUAUUUUCAGUCAUAUUCUAUAAGAAUUCUCCAGAUUUGAAAAUAAAGGUGAAGUGUGUUGUUUUCUGUGGCGAGCUAUUAUUGUGAAUGUGCAUCAACAUUGUCAGACUUAAACUGAAGUCUGGGAAAUUCAACCAACCUCAUUGACACAGUGGUUUAAUAUAAAUAUACAAAUACUAAUUAAUAAAUUUGGCUAUGCAGAGAAGAAGGCAUCUCAAUACAUAAUACUAAGGAGGAAGGAUCCCCAUGUAGAAAUUUUCCCAUCUAAAUUGCCAUGGAUUGUACCUGACACUGUCAGUGCAUGUGUGAUUUUCACGCGUGCAACAGAACCUCACUUUGGAAGUGUACAGGAAGGGAGGAGGGGAAGGGGAAGUUCCAUUGGGCAAGCAGAAGUCCACUCACUCAACACUGGAUUCCACCCAUGUAAGAUUACAGGAGGUAAUCUGCCUACUAAAAUUGGGGUGGAAUAUAGAAUAUGUGCAUAAUGAUUCUAAAAUUGAAAUCAGCCUUCCCUAAUCUGGAGCACUCUGUAUGUUUUUUACUGCAGCUCUCAUCCACUCCAACCAGCAUGGCCAGUGGGUCAGAGACAUUUGGGGUUGUAGUCCAAAACAUUUGGUGUUUGGGGAAGGCUGCUCUAAAUGGCUUGAUUUGUUUAUUUUUAAUUGUAUAUAUAUCUAUAUAUAGAUAUAGAUAUUGUGUGUGUGUGUACAUACACACACACAAGACAAAAUAUUAACUUCUUGUUACUACCAACUUUAAAUGUUUAUAUACUUAUUCUUGUUAAGGAUUAUUAUCUCAGUUUCUAUUAUGCCACAUUGUAUUUGAGUCUCAUGGAGCCAUUCAGGAGCCAUGCUGUUGUACUAAAGCUUUCCAAUGAAAAAAUAGUAUCUUCAAAAUGGAGAAUCAUCACAGCUUUCAAAUAUUCUUUUAAGUGCUUAUUGCAUUCAUCUUUAGUAAAAUAUGUUAUUAAUGGAUUGUUGUAUUGAAGUACAUCUUCCCUAUAGAAGAAUGAAAUUGGAACCAUAGAAUUUGCAAUUCUAUUAACUGAUUUAAACUUGUCUAAAUAUUGUUAUUGCGUUCUUAUGAUUACGUACAAUUUGAAGUACGUUUCAGAGAAGCAAGCCUCACUCACUGCGUUAGACCCUCAGAUAGGCACACUACAGGUGUUCAUAACCUAGGAAGCAGCCUUAAUAUCUUUUGCCAAUAAGAAAAUGUUGGGCCUGAGUAGUGUGUUAUAGGGGAAAUGCUUUAAGCAAUUCGUUACUAUUUCUGUCUUCCAUGGACUCCUAUCCAUGGGCAAAUCUUCCUUGCAAGCUGAGUACUUUGCAUUAAUAUCAAUCUUUUGCUAACAAUGCAGGGUGGGAGUGUUGAAUGAUUGAAAUUAAAAAGAAAACUAAUCCUGACACGCUGGACUUUUGUGUGUUUGUGCAGCCCCCUGAGCAUAAAAAUGUAGCACGGUCAGGACAGGAGUCCUAACAUAGUCUGCCGCGGCUUGAGAGUUUUGAAACGGUAAGGAGGUGUCUGAUUUGUUUUGAUACUAGGGUGUCCUUGUGUCCUUCUUUAUAUAGGACAGUCCUCUAUGUGAAGGGCUGUUUAGUUGACUGCGCCUGGACAGUAUCAGACUGAGCAGGCAGGAACACAGAACACUUUGGACAGAGUCUUCCCCACAGUGGUGAAAUGUGUUUUAUUUCUAUUACAUUAAUUAUUUCUAAAUAUGCAUCUGUACAUAUGUUAGCAUGUGCAAAUUUUAUUCAAAUCUCUUGCCUUUUUAUUUUGGGAGGUGCAUCUCCUCAUUUUUGGCAAAGUGGCCAUCAGAUUAGCUAGAAAAGAGAGAGCUCAACCGAAAUAGGUGUGUCAUGUCAGCCUCAUGGCCUACGUCUAUACAGGCUUCCUGCUGAGCCACAAAUUAUUCCACUAAACUUUUGCUCAGUUUGGGUUAAUGGGGGAAAAUGCAGGAUUGCGUUAAACUGAAACACCUAAAGAUAUGAGAUCAGGGAAAGGAGCCAUCUUGUUGAUAAUCUGAUAACCCCCAAGUAGUAAUUGUUGAAACCACAAUAAUCCUGCAAUGUGUUGGUUUGCUGGUGAGAACUGCACUGUAUGUUUUGCCUUUUUUUGUUGUUGUUAAUGGAGGGUUAAACCAAUGGAUUUGUAGUAAUAAUCUUCCUAAAGUAUUGCAAAGGAAGGCGACCCCACUGAAAGGCACCAAGCAAAUCAUUAAGAUGUUAGGAAAGAGGAUUAGCCAACAAUGUGUGAACUGUAUAUUUUGAUAAUACAAGCUGAGCUUCUAAAACUCUGUAAAUUGGUACAGUUGCUUGGCUUACUGAAUACAGUGGUACCUUGGUUUACAAACUUAAUCCGUUCCUGAAGUCCAUUCUUAAACUGAAUCUGUUCUUAAACCGAGGUGCGCUUUCCCUAAAGAGGCCUCCCACCGCCGGUGCCCUUCCACUGUUCGGUUUCCGUUUGUAGACCGAGGUAAAGUUUGUGAACUGGAACACUACUUCUGGUUUUGUGGAGUUUGCAAACCGAAUCAUUUGUAAACAGGAUUGUUCUUAAACUGAGGUAUCACUGUAUCUUUUUUUAAAAAUCCUGAUACACCUCUAACUUUCAGACCAAUCAAAAUCUGUUGCUCUGGGGAUGCAUAGUUGAAGGAAAGCACAAUCUGGCCUCUGCUGUCCACCAGGAGACUAGCUAAGGGCUACUGGGUUGUGCAUGCAUGCCAAAUACAGGGAACCCCACCUGUCCAGAUCAGAUGGUCCUGCUGAGAUCAUGUCAUUUUAAGAACUGCUGCUUGAAACUUGCUGGCUUCCCCAUUCCCUCCUCCGUUCCUUUUGUAUCAUGUCUAUUAGAUUGUGAGCCUGAAGGCAGGCGUUAUCUCAUCCUUCCAUCUCUUAAAACAGUGCUUAAAACACUUUUAGGCGCUGUAGCUUGAUAAUAAACUACAGCGGGCCAAAAUCUUGCAUUCCUAACACUUUUUUAAUAUGAGAUGCUAGAAAACUUGUCAGUCACUACUAGAUUUUUUUACCUGUUCAUAAUUUUUGUACUUCCAAGCUUUUCUGUUCACAGAUGUACCGUAUGUGGAAAUAUUUCCUGCUGAUUUAAAUUAAUAAACUAAUUUAACCUCGU